AGAACACAAAUUCUUGGCAGAGUUCGGGCAGCAGUGAACAUUGUCCUGAACUGAAGUGAUAUUGACAUCGAAAAGAAGUAUACUAAUCUCAAUAUUAGAAGGAGCAAAAUGUAAGUCUCUAAGUAUUGGGUGUGGGAACUGUUGGCAAAUAGAUGGCAAAUCAUUUUUCAAAUUAGGUAAAAGAUUAAAUGUUAAAAUGUUUCUGAAUCAUCGGUUGAACUGAGCUGGUAACAACGUUCAGUUGGAUGUUUGCUGUUCAGAUGUUUUGUUCUCGAUUUAUAGUAGCUCUUUAGUAAUUUCACUAAGUUCUAGUUUAGUGAAUAAACUCCAAAUUUUAGAAGAUUGUCUUGAACUGGAGUAAUGCAUUUAAAACAAAUAACUAUGGGGAGUAGUUAUUACAUAUGCCACAAGGAAGGCUGCACUCAUGUAAACAUGCAUACAAUAUAAACGUGUUGCUGGAGCCAAUUAAUGUAACCAUAUGGAAUUCAGAAUUCUGUCACUCAUUAAACACCAGCUUCAAAGCUCAGAUAAUUUGUUUUUUUUCUUUUUUAAGACACCUAACACAUGCAAAACUAAUGGGGAUUUAGUUACAGUAUAUGAUCAUAUAUUGCAUAAGUCUGCCCCAACGCCAUUGUACCCCAUUCUUGGCAAGUCCUAUUCCAACAACCUGCUGCCUGCUUUGUGCGAUUAAUUCACUUACUUGGGAAAGCCUUCCUCUUGGGGUUCUCUGCACUGCAAGCCUAAAUAGGGCUCUGGAGUGAAGUAUAUAUUUAUAUAUGCAAAGUUUGGAAGUUUAGCAAUACAUAUUCUUAUUACAUGUGGAAGCAGAGUGAUGUUUCCAUUCUUCCUACUGCUGUGAUUGCUGCUCUUGUUACUUAUAGGGACAGACUGGGUAUUGUAGGCACUAUAAACAUUUAAUCUCACUGAAUUGGUUAUAGUGCCUUCAAUCCCCUAGCACAACCCCUCCAUUUAAUAUUAAACUAGUUUUGAGCAUCAAAUUUAAAAUUAAAUAGGGGUCCCUAGCCACCAUCAGACCAGUCCUCACUGGGGGCCUGGCUAAGGCAGAGAUUGUGCAUGUACUCUAGUCAUACCAAUUCAUCCCAGCAAUGGGCACUUUUCUUUCAGGUGACACUCUCAGCUAAUCACAGCUGCCCAUUGUUAUUCAGGUGAAUGUUUUCUCAUUGGCCUAAGCAGCACAGCGGGAUGGGCUUCUGGGACUCUUGUUUAGCAUUAAAACAUUAAAAAUAAUAAAUAAUAAUAAUAAUAAAUAAAAAUAUUUAUAUGCAAAAUUGAAGUACUGCACAAGUACCCUCCAGACACUAUAACUACUUCAACAAUAUGAAGCACGUAUAGUGCCUACAGUGUCCUUUUAAUUUGUAGUCCAACCAAGUGAUUGAUGUCAGCAAUGGGCAAAGCAUACUAUUCUCCCAACACAGCACGUGUAAGUGGAACUUUGUAACCCCAGACUCUAUGUUGUUUUAUCUGCUUCACAGACACAGAGAUAACUUGCUGGUACCAUGUGUUUGAAGCAACUGGCAGAUUAAAAAAAAAAAAAAAGAGUAUAACCAAGACCAGGGGAGGGCUGGCAGCCUCAGGCCUGGGGGGCAAAUCCAGUCAAGUGGCCCAUUGCACCCCAGAAUCAGCUCACCAUCCAUGCCCACCUUUUCCUGGUUUUAUAACAGAUAUUGAUGUUAUGCUAAUCAAUAGCUCUUUGCCAUACCCACUCCUUUGCGGCUCCGACUUUCAAUGUGAUUAGAGCGCAUGCUGAGAAUCUCUGAGCCUGUGCUCUGACUCACUAACUGAGCACUGGAACCACGAGGGAGAGGAUAUGAUCUAAGGCACCUACUGCUGGUGUGCACCAGUGGACCACUAGGGAAUCAUUUAAAUUAAAGGGACACUCCAGUGCCAGGAAAACAAAUCAUUUUCCUGGCACUGCAGGUCCCCUCUCACUCCCACCCCCCAUCCCAUGUUGCAUCCGAUGUCCCUCCACACUCCUCCCCCAGUGAUGUCAUCUGGCGGGGGAGACCGAUUGCGCAUGCCCGGCAGCCGGCGGAGGAGACCUCUCCAUAGGAAAGCAUUGAAAAUGCUUUCAAUGCUUUCCUAUGGGGAUUUUAGCGACGCUGGAGGUCCUCACAUAGUGUGAGGACGUCCAGCACCGCUAUAGCACAGAAAACAUGUGCUAUAAACCAGGAAGUGCCCUCUAGUGGCUGUCUAGUAGACACACACACAAACCUUGACAGACAAACACUCACUGACAGGCAGCAACAUACACACACACAAACACUGACAGGCAGACACACUCCAGACACACACACUCAGCUGACAGACACACUGGUACUCACUCUCAAUAACACACACACACACAAACCCUGACAGACAAACACUCACUGGCAGGCAGACACACACACACAAACACUGACAGACAGACACACACUCACCGACAGACACACACACACACUUACUGACAGACACAUUUACUUCCAGACACACACACUCACUCACUUCCAGACACACACACACACACUCACUUCCAGACACAGACACACACACACUCACUUCCAGACACACACUCACUUCCAGACAUACACAUACACUUUCACACUUCCAGACACACACAUACACUCUCACACUUCCAGACACACACAUACCCUCUCACACUUCCAGACACAGACACACAAAUUCUUUGUUGCUCCUACCUUUAGGAGUCCUCUGGGUCCUUGCCCUGGGGUCAAGUGACUUCCUGCUCCUCUCUGGUCUCUCGCGCAGUUUAGUGAUGCGGGGCCGGAAUGACGUCAUAUUCCAGCUCCCGGCAUCAUAAGAAAGAUCAUAGGCAGAGGCAGUGCUCCCCCGCCGCCUGCCUCCUUCCUCACGCGGCCGGUGUAUUGAUGCAGAGUAGGCACCUGCUGUCUGGGACAAGCAGGUGCCUACUCUGCCUUGCCACCGGGGCGCUCUAGGUGGCCAGCUUUUGCAAACGAUUUAGGGCAGCCUGGGGGACAAUUGCCUCCCUGUCCCCCGGCCCAGCCCUCCCCUGACCAAGACUUCAUCUCUGCUACUCUGUAAAAAAACAUGUAGAGGAGGGAAUGAGAAAUAGUGCUUUCCAUUGUGUGUAAUUAUGACACCAUAGAGAUAAAUACAAUAAAGAAGACAGAGAAAAAUAUUUAAUUGUGAAAGUUGAGACACAAAUACAUUUCGGAAGGGAUGAUAGACACACACAUACAUGCAUACACACACACACACGUGAGGAGAAGUGUUGAAUGUACACAGGUUAGAAAAGAGGCACCUGAGGGAGAGAGGAAAAGAGGUAAGAGUGUGAAGAUGUGGAGGGAGAGAUAGGUUAGGACUGGAGAAAAGUGAUAUAUACAAUUAUGGAGGAUGCGGUUACAGAUACAAAGAGAAUCAAAGAAGAAACACACCUGCAUUCACACACACUGCAGCAUACACAUGGAAGCAGCUGUUCUUGGAAGAAAGGUGUCUCAAACUGUGAAAAAUAAAAUAAAUAUCUUUAUUUCUUCUUAUAAAAGUAUCUGCUGGAACAGAGCAGAGAUGGAGCACUUACACACAUGAUACAUGAUGCUAAAUUCACUAAAACAGAGAUUAACACACUCACACACUAACAUGCCACAAAAAUACACCCUUACAUUUACACACACUGACAUUGACACACAAGCAAAUGCUUGAUACAUACAUACCUUCACAGCCUCUAAAACUUGGAUCCAGUGCACUCAGCAAUCUGGCAUUACACACAAAUAAUCUCUGUAUAUACAAUCUGACCAUUUGCACCAAUAACUCCCAACAUUUACAUAUUCUGACACUUCACUUAAACACACGUCAUGUAUGUGCUCGCACACCACCCCAUAGUCACACAGUUUGUUCAAUGGCACUGCUAUAUUCUUACUCACCAUGACAUCCUCGACAUUAACCCAACUUUAACAAAUGGGCAGUAGUAGGUUGAAAUAUCAAGAUUUGACUGAAGGUGACAGAAGAUCUGACUGGGAGUAGGAGAUGACUGAACCAGAAAACACAGAUGAUAUGGACAAAGUGGGCUUGAAAAUAAGCUGCGUAAAAAAGGUUUAAAAAUUGUGACAAAUACAAUGCAUACAUGUACUGAGCUCUUAAUGUACGAUAAUUUAAUAGGUAAGAUCCACAGAGCAAGGUUAUUAGAAAAUGAACCUCCAAGCAUCACUAGUAAAAGGGCAAUACACAAAGUAAAUUAGCGUCAAAUUACAUACAAAGUUGCUUUGGUAACCCCUUAGCACACACUGACACACAGAUACAAACACUGACACAAACACACCUUGACAUACAGAUAAACACACUAGCACAAACACACUGACACAGAUGCACUCCAUUCAGACUCCACCAUGCUGGAGGUGUCAUUGAGGAGUUUUGCCCUUUUUGUGGAAAUGUUCCCAAGCAGGGCAAACUGGCAAAGAACAGAGGAGGAGCAUACAGAAGUGUAGCACUCACAUCUAUAAGGAGAGGUAAGUGGAGACAGUUCCCCUUUGAUAUAGCAUUUAUUGAGAGUUUGCAGUCUCUAGCAGAACUAGGCAUAACAACGAGUGAGUCAGUGACUACAUCCAAAUGGGGUUUCAUUUUUACUAUCUGGCAUGGAAACCAGUGUUAUUUAGUGCUUAUCAUUUCCUAUCAAUCCCUACGGGAGACCUUAAAAUGUUAGCUUUAAAAGCAACAUUUUGUAGCAUGGAAACAUGUAGGAGUCACUAAUUUUACAUGUAAGAGUCACCCAUUUUAGAGUUUACCAGAUUGUUGGCCACUGAAUGCAACAAGCAUAGAAAUGGGCCUUAGCUAUGCAGUUCGCUAUAUUAUGCACUUAUGUAUUUAGGUAUGACACAGAUUUUAUAGAAUAACAUUCAAUAAAUUAAAAGUGAAGCAUUUGACUGUCAAUAUUUCGUUUGGUAUUAUAGUGGCAUCAUGAUGGUAGUAGUUAAAUAAAGUGAUCAUCGAGGAAGGCUUUUCACAGAGUAAGACAGACCCAUCGCAACAUUACACAGUUCAGGAAAACAAAUAGUCUUAUGUACUGAUUUAUAUUCAUUGCAUAAUAUUCUGUUUUGCAAUAACGGGACUUUGAUCAAAUUCCCAGUAAAAUUAACCAGACCUUUGAGGUUAGAAAGCAUGAAGUCAUGACUUACUGCUGUAGUAUUCAACUAGAGUUAAAAAUAAUUAUGGUUUCUACUCAAUCAAUGACAGAAGAUUGCUGUUAUACAAGAAAAUGUUGAUAUUGAAGUUAAAUAUCGGGGUGAACCUAUCAUCACAGCCUUUAAAGCAAUGAAUACUACUCAUCUCCUCCUUUCCAUCUCAGUAUUGCAAUGAUAUGGGAACUGUGAGCAUUACAUUAGUGCAGGGGUUCCCAAUUAAUUUUUCCAUUGAAACCUUUUGACAUAGUGUACCAACAUCAUGAAACCCCCUCCCCCCAAAAAGUGUAAUUUUUUCUUUUUCGGCAAAUUUCUACAGAUAGUGAACAGAUUGUAGUACUUAGGAACAUUUGUGGUUCUAUGUGUAGAAUUAGUGUUUGUAUAUAAUUUUAGUAUAUUAAUACAGGAUAUGUUUCUAUGCUAUGCUUGCAUUUAAAUGCAGUGGGGUGUUUGGAUAUAGUGUUGGAUUUUAAAUGUGGAUGUACAUUUGUGUGUAGCACUGGUGUUUGAGUGAAUGCUGUGUUUGAGUUGGAGUUCAGGGGUGUCUUUCACAUUAACAAACAAAAACAUACUGAAACACACACACAUUAAUAUACACACUGACACACAUACACACACACACUGACACACACAUACACAACCACACACACAUUUGCACUUACACACAUUCAGAUACACACACUGACACACAGAUACUACACACACACACACACACACACACUGGCAGAUACACACUCACAGAUACACACUGACACACUGACACACACUAGCAGAUACACAGUCACAGAUACACACAUACAAAUACACACAAUGACACACAUACACACACACUUGCACACACUCACAUACACACUAUGGCACACAGAUACACACACUGACAAAUACACACACUGGCACAUACACACAGAUACACACACUGGCACACAGAUACACACACUGGCACAUACACAAACACACACACACAGAUACACACUGACAGAUGCACACAGAUAGACACACUGGCACAUACAUACACACAGAUACACACACUGGCAGAUACACAUAGAUACACACACUGACAUAAAGAUACACACACUGGUGGUUACACACACACAGAUACACACACACACACACACUAGCACAUACACACUGGCACAUACACAGAUACACACUGUGACGGACCGCCUAGGUGCCUCCGCCAAUCACUGCUUCCUAGCAACACUGAGUACUUUCAAGCGCUUCACCACACACCAUAACCACUGUAAACCCCACAGCCAGCAUUACAGCUUGGUUGGGGUCUCACUGUCCUCCACCCACCCUGGACCCAAGACCAGGAUCCAGCUUCCAGUGGAUAGACCUCUUCUACUCCAGAGUGUAUAGCAGGAUAGCUCUUACAAGAGCUAGUGAUUAUAACCCAAGUGAGUAUAAGAGUAUAGCAAUCCCCAGAGUGAAUAUAGCUGUCCACUCCACACAUGAGACAAGACUCUAUGUUGAGGGUGAAGAGGAACUGUUUAAUGGCAGCCACAACUGGCCUUAUAUGCAAGUCCCCAUGCAAGGGGUUUUCCAUAACAUAUUCCAGAGGCAUUCCCCACUGGACCUGAGAGGGGACUGUGACAAAGUAAACACUGUAAUUACAUUGGCUCUCAGGUUCAGGAAACUCCAACACAAAACAGGAUAAUCCCUCCCCUGUGCAUGAGAGAUAAUUGAGUCAGGAACGGUACUAAACAUAAUUAUCCCCAGGCACAGAAAACAUACAUGUAACAACACCCCGAAAGUACCCCUAAACACAUGGAAACCCCACAAAAGUCACAUCCCCUGAUAGCUCCUAUCUGGGGGACCAACAUAUCCAAAAAUCACCCAUAUAUGUUCAGGUGUUCAGAGUUUCCAUGGAAGUCGUAAUUUUGACCGACCGUGCAAACAGUCCUAUGACCAAAACAUUUCCAGAGAAUUAGGGAUAAUGGUUAGUCUCUCUUUCUGGAGUAUAAAAGUACAUAAAUCACAUACGUUUUUAAAGAGCCUAUAGUCUUUUGGCUGGAGGCUGGCAAGCAGGCCCCUCCAAGAACACAUGGCAUAGGCAUUUCUGCCACACACACACACACACACACACUGGCACAAAGAUAUACACACACUCAGAAACACACACUGACACACUUAGAUAUACACAAAUGACAGAUACACUGACACACAGAUACACACUGACACAUACACACACAGAUACACACACUGGAACAAAGAUACACACACACCGGCACAUACACACACACUCUGAUGCACACACAGAUACAUACACUGACUGAUACACACACUUGCACAUACACACACUGUCAGAUAAAAACAUAUACACACACUGGUUCAUACAUACACACUCAGAUACACACACUGACAGAUACACUGACACACAGAUAUACAUGUUGCCACACAGAUACACACACACUGACACACAGAUACACACACUGACACAAACACACCUUGACAUACAGAUACACACACUGGCACAAACAGACUGACACAGAUAUACACACUGGCACAUACAUACACACUUAAAUGCACACACUGACACAGAUUCACACACUGACACAUGCACACCUUGACACACAAAUUUAUACACACACACACUGGCACAUACACGAACUCAGAUACACACACUGACACACAGGUAUACACACUCAGAUACACACAAUGACAAAUGCACACCUUGACACACAGAUAGAUACACUCACACAGAUACACACACACACGUCAUAAUGUUUACAUUUGCAGUCACCCUCCUGUUAGGUUACCUUUUUUCUGCCAGAGGGUGACUUGUUUGGAGUCCUGGUGUGCUGCUGGCAGAGGCCGGUGUGCUGCUCACUCCUUGCUGCUGCCUCUCUCUGUCCAGAUGGCGUGCUCUAUGUCUGGGCUGUCACUUCCCCUAGCAUCAAAUACUACAGGACCCCAGUCGCGCUGUUAAAUGGCCACGGCGCCUGACCGGGCCCUUGUUCAGCAAUACCGUUUGAUUGGCCUUAAGUGCAUUAACCCCAAAACUCUAGAAGAUGGUGCCCAACCCCUUCACUUUCUCGGAGUGUCCGAGGCUUUAAUUAAGAAUCCUCGGAUAGGCUAAGGGCAUCAGCUAAUGCUCCCUAUUCAGAAACUGCAGUGAAAGCUAUGCAUCUUGAAUGUAUGUGAAUAUAGGUGUGCUUUUGCAUGGAGUAUGUGUGUGAAUGCUUGUGUAUUUGUUUAUAAUUCUAAUGUUUGCAUGUGUCGUGUAUUUAUGUGCAGUAUUGGUAUUUAAAUCCAGGGUGUGUAUGUAGGUAGUUGUAACUGAUCCGCUAUACUCCAACUGAGUAUUGUAAGUCUCCCAAAUCCAAAUCCAAAUCCAAAGGUAAACAGUGAUCAGAGCCCUUGGUUACCCAAACAUCAGCCAAGACUUGAUGAAGGGUACAACAGGAAUCACUUUCUUUAUUUUGUCACACAUGGUUUUACAGGCACAGACCCCUACAUUGCGUCUACAACACAAAAAGUCAGGGGUUUCAAUCCCAAGAACCUGAUGUGGGAGGGAGGAAGGACAAAACAUCUAACUUAAACUGGGUUGGCAGUGUCCCUGUGACAUGCCCUGCUAGGACAUGAAAGGGAAGGGGGAGGGAGAGAGGCCAAGACAAGCAAUACAUUUCACUUAACCAUACUUUACAGCUCUAUAGAGCUGCUACUCCCCCCCCUUGUUGACUCACAUCUGCAUAUACAGACACAUAUAAAAGAGUCACAAAGAUGGCGCGGCAAGCUUGCGGCACGCGCCAAACAAAUCAGGCCAUCCAUCACAUAUCCCCCACCAUAGAAAUAGACAGACAUGUAGCCAAACCCAUGACAGGCCUGCAACAAGUCAGUUGGACUCCCCGAGUCCACAGUCCAAGUCCUUGGGGCCCAAUGUGACUGGAAAAGCGGGUGGGUAUAUGUGGACAUGGCAUUCAGUGAUGGCGUUUCGUCACAGUAGUGUUUAUUUUGGAAUGCAGGAAUUUUUUGCAGUGUUAGUGUUUGAAUGCAGAGGUGUGUUUGUGUGCAGUAUUGAUGUUUGAAUGCAGGUGUGUAUUGUUGUGUAGUAUUAAUGUUUAAAUGAAGGGGUGUGUGUUGUUUGUAGUUUUGGUGCUUUAAUGCAGGAUGUAUGCUUUUGUAGUAUUGAUGUUUGAAUGUAAGGGUGCAUUUAUUUUUAGUAUACAUAUAAACACUGAGACUCGCACAGACACAGAUACACAUAUACAUAUAAACACUGAGAUUUGCACAGACACAGAUACACAUAUACACUCCAAGAGAUAGACACCUGGUAACACAAACAGAUUGACAUACAUGCUGAGAUCCACACGCUGACAAACAUGCACAGAUACACACACUACACACACAUUGAUACAAUGCACAGAUACACACACUGACACACAUGCACACCAUCUCUCUUAUUCCAACCCUCCCUUUGGUGUAUUUGUAUUCCCUGGGCCCCGGUAAGUCUGGCUCAAAAAGAGAGUCUCUGCAGGCUCCAGCCCAUCUCCUUAUCUUUCAUGGUUGGAACUAACAGUAGGAAGGGCCGUAUGGCACCUGUGACUAUAUCUAGCAUUGGUGAGUCCCCUGACCAACAGGGUCUCUGAUGUGGUUGCACCAACUGCACCAUCGGUACUUCAAUGCCUGUCACUAUUACAAGUAUUAUUCCCAUAGAAUAUAGACACAUAUAUACUAUGUUGUAGAAUAAGUAGAAUACACAAAAUAUUACAACAUAACAAUAUUAAUUUAGGUCAUCACUUCAAUUGCAUGUAUGGGGACAUUUCAUAUAAAUGAAUGCUCCACUAAAAUGUUUUCUCACUAUCUAAUAUAUACUCAAAGAUAAUAUGUAUUUUUUCAGCAUGUUUUCUUAGGGAGUAUAUGAAAAAAACAGCUUGCAAAAGCCUUUGCAAUCCUCACCCUUUAUCCUUGGCACAGAAUAUGAUUGUGUGGCAGCAUAUCAGAGGCUUCUCAUUGAGGAGACAUGUGUGCGCACAUGCAGUGAGCAGCAGCUCAAGCCCAGCACACCUGCCAAUUCUAUUAGCUCUAUGGAGAUGACAAAAGAAGAAAAAUCCUCCCCAACAUGCUACAGCAAAGUUUUAUAAACUAUCCAAAAAUGUUUUCCAAGUUUAACAAAAUGUCAACAGACUCCAUGACAGCUGAAUUGCUUUAUGAAUUGCUUUACUUGACUCAUAUAAACUGGUGGACUGAUUUAUAUUAUUUUUUAUUUAUAUGUUUGGUGUGUUCCUUUAACACUAACAUACAAAAACAAUUGCAAUAUAGUAAGGCAAGGUAUAUUGUCAUGUUAUAAUUGUUUUUAAAACAAAUACAGGGUUGUUCACUAAAGACUGUAAUUUUGCAGAUUAAAUCUGAAUAGAAAAACUAAGGCAAAAGUAGUUGAUCUGGAAAACAAAUUCCAACUUGUCGUAGUCGUAGUCGUAGUCACAGCUUGGCUAUUUUUUCCUUAGUUUUGCCAUUCAGAUUCAAUUCAUACAAAUUCUACAUUUAGUGGACAACUAUGAUGGACAUGGGACCCAUAGACAAAGGUAUAGCUGGAAACAUUACUAAAGCGUAUAAUGCUGGGCCAUUUGUGUAUAUUUUUUUUCCCAAGGGAAACAUACAUGUAUGUUACAAAUUUGCACUAAUAUUAUUACUGCCCAGCAAGAUACAUAUUGUGUCCCUAAUUAUAUUGGCCAGCACACACAUCGAUCAAUAGACAAUUCCGACCAGGCAACUUCAGAGUAGCCAGUCCACUCUUUAGGGUUGUCUUCUUUAAUUACACAUGUAAAUCAGCUGACUGGUAAUAGCUAGAUCAGCUUGAAGAGAGUUUGUGACCACUACAUUGGGAAAAAGAAAACCUGAAGUGUAGUUUAAAUUUAUUUUAUAACACAUGAGGACUUUUGUUAAUACAUUAUUAUAUUUGUCAAGAUGGCAAUAGGAGCACAUUUGUUGAACAGCAGUUGGCCAUUUGCCUUCAGUUUUGGUAUGCUAGAACCAUUGUUUACCGGACAGGUAUGUCUAAAUUAAAAUCAUGAGAUUGUCGUAAGGAAAUUGUUGCUGUAUGUUUCAUUUAUACUGUACUCAUAAACUGGUGGCCUGAUCCCUUUUUUCUUUUUAAAAUGUACUUUUAAAAAAAACAAUGUAACGCUGUUUAAUGGUUUCAAGAGGAAUGAUCACUUCCUAUUGCAGUGUCAUGUUUAGUUAUCUGCAAUUUCUUUUAGCAGAUAUAUAUUUUUGUGAUGUGCGAAAAUUAAACUGAGAAAUCGGCAUCUCCAUCUCCUUCACUUCAUUGAAGAUCUCUGUAAUAAGUUGUCUUUUGCACCUGGCAUUCAGUAUAAAGAAAGCAUACAGAGAAAUGGAAAAUGUAAAUAGUGUUACUGUAUAUCCUCCUCAUUUGCAAUGUUUGUCCCGGCAUUGCCUCUUCUGAACUGGAUUAUGAUGUAACUUGUUAAAUUCUAAUAGAAAUUUUGAAAAUCAAAUGUCCUGAAAAAACUUGAAUCAAGUUAUAGAUUUUCAAUGGUGUAAAUACCAGAAAAGUGAUGAUCCCCCUUUUAUCACUUCAGAUAUUAUUUACAGGGUCAGAAUACAAUUGUAGGUCUCUUUAUUCUUAAACACAAAUGUUCACACAACUUUAAGCUUUAUAGUGAUGUUAUCUGGCGUAUCUCUUUAUGAAUUGACCCCUAGUCUCUGUACAAGUUGCAUGUAUGUGGAGGAUAUGAGCAGACUGAUUAGAGCUAGUAUUUUAUGCUAAGUAUAGUUUAUCAGUUAUUCAGCACAAUUGUAAAAAACUUCUUUCUAAAUGGCAAAAUGUGAACAAAACUAGCUAAAAUUGUAUGAAUUCUCUAAUUUAGAUAAAGUCUCAGGUGUGCUAUUUUACGCUCAAUUUUGAUUUCUAUUUGCCAAUUGCCACGGUUUUUAUUUAAAUAAACCACCUAUUUAAGGAAGUCACAAUAUAUACCUGGUGUUUUCAAAGUAAUUUGACCUUUUUUGAUCGUGCUUAAAUGGUUAAAGUUGAAGUAACCGUUUGAAAACAUUUUAGGGCUUAUUCACUAAACAGUGAAUUACACUGAACAUUCAGUGACAUUGAAUAUUUUAGGUAAAAAUAGCGGCAUUGUAUAUAUUCUGUUUCAACAAUUUUCUUUUCCAUCAGUUUUAGCCUUAAUUUUGAAAUGUAGGUGAAUAAAUCUGAUGACUUGUAAAUAUUUAUCAACAUUUUUUUUUUUUUUUUGGUGCUAAAAUCACCUGGUCCCCUUUAACCCUUUAAGGACACAACUUCUGGAAUAAAAGGGAAUCAUGACGGAAUAUUUCCAUCAUGUGUCCUUAAGGGUUUAACAUUGAAAAUACCAUUACUAAAUACUGCGGGGUGUCGCUCAUAAUACAUACCUAGAAAAAUAUUUUGGAUGUGGCAACUAUAAUUAGUACCUGCAUGUGUAAAAUUAGUCUGGUUUCUAGAGGUAUUUUCUGCAGACCAUCUAUUUUACCUAAAAACAAAAGCCUGAAAAAGAAUAUAUAUUUAUAUUACAGGGGAAAGUUCCUUUCCACCCCAAAAUAAAUACAAUGCUUUUGACAAGGGAAUUACAUACUUUAGUCUAAAAUAGCCGAUUCAAAAAUAUUUCUCAACUUGUUUAUUUUAUUUAUUGAGGUAAAUUUUCAAUUCCAUUGUCAGUUAUCCAUAAUUCCCAAUUCAAUGAAUAAUUCUGUUCAUGUGUAGUCAAGGCAGUAACCUGACUGGUAUGAUGACUUACACUUAUCAAUCUAGUUUAACCUUUUAAUCAUGACAUUCUAGACUUGUUGGUCCUGAAGUGUUUAAAUGUGUAAUGAAGGUAAUGAAGAUCGCUUUGGAGAAUCGUAGAUGUGGGGAAAUGUCAUUGUUUUCUUUUCAGAUCCAUCAUAUUUUUUGAAACAUACACAAUCUUUAUGCUGUUGUGUCAUUGAUGAAAAGUGCUGGCCUGUAGUAUAUAGCAAUCACAUUCUAACAUGUUUUCAACAAAAUGUAUCUAGAAAUAAGUUUUGAGUAAUGAUCAUCUUCCAUAAAGUUUUACAUAUUGCUUUACAUCACUUUUCAUAUGCUAUCCAUCAGACUCUAGAACUGAAGUGUGUCCAGAAAUAUCACGUGGAUCUGGCACUCUGAAUUAGAGUCAAAGCUCAACAGCAGUUAAAUGCAGGUUACAAUUCACUCGUGGAUGAGAUAUUAAGUCCAUAUAACAUUUGGAGUCAGUGGUUCAGAAUCCUCAUAGUUUUGUCACUGUGUUAAUUGUAUUCUGGUCAUUUUAGAUGUCUCGGCCUAUGGAGAAAAAUAUAGCUGUAAUCGGUGCUGGAAUUAGUGGCCUUGCUGCCUUAAAAUGCAGCGUCGAAGCUGGAAAUCGGACCACCUGUUUUGAAAGAAGUGACAAUGUGGGGGGUCUUUGGGGUUUCACAGUGAGUUGAUUCAUAUGUUACACAAAUUAUGUUUUUCACUAAAUUAUUUAUGCAGUGUUCUAUUUUGUGUCUUUUAACCAAUUAAUUUUAUAAAUAAUAAUGUGACUUAUAUUUGGAUAUAAUAUUAUACAACUGGGUUCUUGAUUUACAAUAUUAUAGAGUGCAUUUAUUGUGGUUAUGUGCUGAGUUUUCUAUGUUCAUGUGGGCAAUGAACUUGUGAAUGAGCAAAUAAUUUUUUGAACGUAGAUCUCUCUGAUAAAGAUUUUGUCAUUAAUAACUAUUUUAGGCAUAGUGCUAAAAUAAUAGAUAAUUGAAGAUUAUGCUAGCUUUAGUGUACUAAUAAUCUUAAUUUUAAUAAGGACAGGAGGCGAGUAUUUUGCAUUAACUCUCUUUACUAAACUCCACAGCAGUAAAGAAAAACGUAAAGAGUAACAAAUAAAUCACUGAGCAGCAUAGUAUAUAAGGGUCAUGCUGCCUGUACACUUCCUCUUUCUUAAAGCGACAUCCAAGUCCAGAUAGAGCUCGAACAUCCAGAAACUCAACGAAACAGGUAACUGCGGUCUCUGGCGAGCGGAACUUGAGGAGACUCCUGGUAACGAGAUAGGAGGAAAGACCAAACGAAGCCGUCAUCCCAUCUUACGGAGUCGUGAGGUUAACGAACCAGCGACCAGUGGAGGUCCUGAAGAGGGUUACACUGAAAGGAGAGUAUAAAAUCGGUUAGGUACUGAACCGUAACUGUUCACGCCUGUGGGCUUUAACAGAAUUGUGUAAAUUAGACAGUACAGACAGAUUGUAAGCUGGCCAUAGGCUAAAUAUGUGUAGGUGUAAGCAUGUUGUACAACUAAACUGUCCGUCUAGAUGGAAACACUGGGAAUAGAGAUGGAGGGGAUACCGAAUAUGUCCAGAAGAUAGUGGAACCACAAUAUGAAUCCCAAAAUCCAUCACCUUAAGAUCCACUCCCCCGAGGAGUCAGGGUAGGGAACAAAAGGGAGGGAAAAUACUCGCCUCCUGUCCUUAUUAAAAUUAAGAUUAUUAGUACACUAAAGCUAGCAUAAUCUUCAAUUUUAUAACAUGACAGGAGGCUUCCUAUUUUGCAAUUUUAACGCUGAAGAAGUGACAUCCCAGCAGAAGGGGGAGUGCGAAAAUAAAAUGUACGAAAAGUGGAUUCCCUAGACCAGUCCGCCGUUCUGAGAAUAUCUGAGAGGGACGCCCCUGCCAGGAAGGCAGAUGAAGCCGCCGCACCACGAACGGAGUGGGCACCGAAUGCGGGGUCUAUACCUGCGAGGGAAAGGAUCCAGCGGAUCCAUCGGGCCAAGGUGGUGACCGAGACUGGGGCAUGAGGGCGCACGUAGGAGACUAAGAGUUGGCCCGACGUAGAGGACUGGAGCGAGGAGGUAACCGAAACAUACCUGCGGAGGGUGGACACGACGCAAAGCUGCGGGUCGUCGGGAAAAAAUGGGUAAAAGACCGAGGUCGAACCCGACUUAGUGCGACGGGAAAUGUGAAACGUGACCCCUUCAGGGGCCACUUCGAAAGCGUCCACGUCGAAGGCCCGAACGUCCGAAACCCGUCGGAAAGAUACGAGACAGAGGAGGAAAGCGCACUUAGCGGAUAGUUGGCGUAGGGAGAGGCGGUCAUUCGGAAGCCAAUCCCUGAAGAAGCGGAGAACCAGUCCCACAUCCCAUAGGUGAGGGUAUCUGGGGGCCGGGGGACGGCGGAGCCGCAUACCGCGGAGUAGACGGCAGACCAGAGGGUCUUUGCCGACCGGGAGAUCCCCGACGGGGGUGUGAGCCGCCGAAAUCGCGGAGCGCACGACGUUGACCGAACGGUAAGAGCGGCCAGAUGAAAACAAGGAGGAGAGAAAAUUAAGAAUCAUGGGAAUAGGUGCUGUAAAGGGAUCGGAGUCCCGUUCCAUGCACCAAGUAGACCAGGAGGCCCAAGCUGAAAGGUAACAGCGUCUAGUUCCCGGGGCCCAUGAGUCCCAUAAGAGGUCCCUAGCAGCCUGCGAUAGUCCGCUGACUCGCCAGGAACCCCGGAAAGAGACCAAGCCACCAGGGGUAGCCGGUCUUCCAGGAGUAGUGGGUGGAGAUGCCCUUUGGGAUCCGUGAGCAGGUCCGGGAAGGAUGGUAGGAGAAGAGGGUCCCUGUAGGAGGAGGCCAGGAGGUCCGGGAACCAUGGUUGGCUCUGCCACAAGGGCGCUAUGACAACCAGUUUGAUCUGUUGCAUCCGUAUCUGGUGUAGUGUUCUCGCAAUCAUGGAGAAUGGGGGAAAAGCGUAGGCUCCUGUCGACGGCCAUUGUUGGAGAAAUGCGUCUGUCGCCUUGCUCUCCGGGUCCGGGAGCCAGCUGAAGAACUCCGGGGUCUGGUGAUUGUUGUGAGAGGCAAACAGAUCCAGGUGAAAGGGACCCCUCCGGGCUGCAAGGGCCCUGAAGAUUCUCGUGUUUAGCUUCCAGUCGCUGACGUCUCUCCAGUGGCGAGAGAACCAGUCGGCUGUGAGAUUGAUUUCUCCUGGCAAGUAUUCUGCCUGUAGCGUGAUGUUGCGAGGGAGGCAAUAGUCGAAAAUACCUCUCGUGAUAUCCGACAGCAGGCGAGAGCGAGCGCCUCCCAGGCGGUUGAUGUACUGGACUGCGGAUACAUUGUCCAUGCGCAGGAGGAUGCAGCAGUUGGAUCUUUCCCGGGCCAAGCUGCGAAUCGCGAAGGAUCCUGCCAGGAGUUCGAGGCAAUUGAUGUGCAUGGAGAGCUCCUGCGCCGUCCAUGUUCCCCCCGUGGAGGUGGUUCCGUUGGUGGCACCCCAUCCCCACAGGCUGGCGUCUGAUUCCAGUAUGAAGUCUGGGGCGUCUCCGAAUAUGGCCCUGCCAUUCCAGGCUUGCAUGCUGUCCAGCCACCAUGAUAGUUCCUCGCGAACCUCCGUCGUCACCGGGACGGGUUGGUCGUAAGUGGGCCUGCGGCGUAGGUAUUUCGCCUUGAGACGUUGCAUGGCCCUGUAGUGGAGGGGACCUGGAAAUAUGGCCUGAAUGGAAGCCGAGAGGAGUCCUACAAUCCUGGCCAGAUUGCGUAGUGGAAUGGAAUCGAGACGGAGAACCCUGCGAAUCUCCUUGCGAAUGGCUGUGAUCUUUGAGGCUGGUAGCCUCAGAGUGCAUGUCGUCGAGUCGAUCUCGAAGCCGAGGAAUUGUAUCGUCUGGGUAGGGGUCAGCUCCGAUUUCUGUUGGUUUACGAUAAAACCCAAAGACUCCAGUAGGGAUACUGCCAGGUGAGUGUGUUGGCGUAGUCUGUGUUCGUCGGCGCAGAAGAUGAGGAGAUCGUCUAAGUAGAUGAUGCAUCGAAUGCCCCUUGAUCUUAGGUGGGCCACCACUGGUUUUAGGAGUUUGGUGAAGCACCAUGGGGCUGAGCUGAGCCCGAAAGGGAGGCAAGUGAAUUGCCAAGGGCGUCCGUGCCAGAGGAAGCGUAGGAGUGCUCGACAGUCCGGGUGUACCGGGACUGACAGAUACGCAUCCUUUAGAUCGAGCCUGGUGAACCAGUCGUUGCUUCGAAGAAGGUCUCGCAGGAGGUGGAUGCCUUCCAUUUUGAAGUGGCGAUAGACCACAUAUGCGUUGAGGGCGCGUAGAUUGAUGACGGGGCGGUAUUCUCCCGACUUUUUCCGAACCAGGAAGAUGUUGCUGAAGUAACCACCCCCGUCGCGGGCCGGCUGGAUAGCCCCUUUGUCUCGGAGCUCGCGUAGCUCCGUGUUGACAAGGUUGUGGUCGGAGGGUGACAUGUGGAUGGGGCGAGGGGGCUGAACCUGAAAAGGGGUCCCCACUAGGUCUAUGAUAUAACCCUGUACAGUUUGUAGGAUCCAUGUGUCUGAGCAUAGGGCGGCCCAAUUCUGGAAAGAAAGGGAAAUACGGCCCGCAGUGCGGGUACAUGGUAACAGUGGAGGAAUAUGGGUCCUUACCUGCGGUAAAGCGGGAACGUCCGCGUCCGCGACCUCUAUCCGAGCCUCUGGAAAAGGGUUGCUGCCGGUAGUCUCUUGUCGGGUAAAAUGGUGUUGGUUGGGUGCGGGGGCCUGAAGGCCAAAAUCGGCUGGCGGCACGGCCCCGUUGCCGGCCAGCCCUUCCAAAAACCCCUCUGGUAGGGUUGCUUCUGAAAACUCUGUGCAUUGAGGACUGCGCUUUAUUAAGGGAGGUGAACACGUUUACGUGUUUGUUGAGUUCCUUGAGGAACGGUUCACCAAAUAGUUUCCCUUGUGCCUGGGGCCCAAUCUCCUUUGUGCCAAGGUCUGCCAAUUUGCCGUUAAUACGGUACAACGCUGCUUUUCUUCUCUCCGAAGAGAGCGUAACAUUAGUGUUUCCGAUUAAACAAAAACACCGUUGUGCCCAUUCACGAACAUCAUGCGCCCAUUCCCUGAUGUCCUCAGCGGAGAAGGAAUCGGCUUUGGUGUAGGCAUCAUCAGCCAGAUACAUAAUGCGAGCCAGGGGGCCUACAGAAUCCAGCAGGUUAUCUUGGGCGCCCCAUAGGCCUUUCUCCACCCCUCGGCGAGGGUCUCUACCACUGCGCGUCAUGAAGGUUGACAUAACCUUAUCGAAUUCCGGGAUCUGAGCGACCUUAUCCGGCAGGGAAGGGCGUGGGCAUUCAGACCUAAGACGGCUGCGGACCUCUUUCUCCAGAGGUUUGCGGAGCCACAGGUGCAUAAACCUUGCAAGGUGUUCUGGAGGCGACCAGUCACCUGAUCUGGAGUGCCGAAUGUUGCGGGGGUCGAACAUCACCUGGCCUGAGGGGUCCAAGAUGGCGUCUGAAUCAAGAGGAGGCUCUGCGUCCGCAGUGUCCUCAGCAUCUCCUCUCUGGGCCGCACCCAGUAGGGUCUCUCGCAUAAAAGCGGAGACAGAUUUCUCGUCCGAGCCCCAUGCGUCGUAGUCCGAGUCAGAGGCGUCAGCUUGCCAUUCAUCCAGCACUGACAUGGACUGUGCGUCCUGCUCUUCGUCUGAAGAGUACUCCUGACGCGGGGCCGGGGUGUGUAAUUUGGCAGACUUGAGCUUGGCAGGUGCCUUACCCUUAGGCGGUUUGGGUGUGUAGUCUUCGCCUUUGUCAUGGCGUUUUUUAGGGCGGGAAUCCUCCCGUGCUUGGUGGUCGGACAAUUCAGAAUCCGAUUCGUGGCGUGGACGUCUGCGUUUAGGUACGUCAGGAGCCGAAGCUCGGGCCUUGGAGAGUGCCUUCUCCACAGAGGCAGCGACAGCUGCGUUAAUCAUGGCCUGGAAGUCCACAGGGACGUUCUGGGAAUCUUCCAUGUUAGGGUAGGCUUAUAGGUCACUGAGAGGCACAGCAAUGAACGGGCACCCAGGUCUUGAUAGUAGGCGUAGGGUCAGAUUUGGAAGUAUGGUGGGAACAAGCCCAGAAUAACCCCAGCAGGGUAUAGUAGUGACCUUAUAAACUGGGGCUCACCCAGUUAGAGAGAACUGCCACAGCUAGUCUCCCAGUAAGCAGCGUCUUUAUAGUGGGGGCUCACCCUGGUUGCACAGGGUUGGUACCCUUAAGUGCAGGCCACAAUAAUAAUAAACAGGCAGCAGCACUGACCUGACUGACCCAGCCACAGGAUAGCUUGAUAGAAGCAGAUGAGGCACAGAGACUGAGUAGCAGGUUGAAAGCAGCAGAUGGAGUUGCUGGAACAGGUAAUCCUUCAGUCACAGGGGUGUCAGCCACAAAAGGUGUGAAAAACAGCAGCUUAGGAGGUAACAGCAAGCUAACACAGCCACCCUGAGUCCCUAAUGAGAUGCACGAGGCAAAACUAAGAUGGCCGCGAGAAUCUCGCGAUGUCCGCGAUCCAAAAUGGCGGCCGCGAGGUAGGCCGCAAGCCGGGGACUAAAUUUUGAGGCCGGCCGCGGGCGGAAGCGGGCCGGCGCGAAAACGGCUGCGAAUAAAACCGGCCGCAAGGAGGAAGCCCAGGAGGGCACUCCAGGGUAGGGGGGCAGAGGGGGGACCUGGGGAGACCAAGGGGAAGCCCAGAGAGGGUCCCAGGAGGCACAGAGGGGCAGAAGGAGGUAGGAAAACCCACAGAAAGCCCCUGGUCCCCCAGCCCUGGUAUAGAACAAGGAAAUAAAAGGAAAGGCUAAAACAAUGAUGAUAAAGAAUGUUGAAAUAGCAGGAAUAAACAAGUAUUACACUAAAUGAAUAACAAGUAGUGACAAUAAAUGUAUAAAGCUCCAGGGGAGCAAAUAUUCUGACCUGUCUGCGACGGAGCAGUAAAGAAAGAGGAAGUGUACAGGCAGCAUGACCCUUGUAUACUAUGCUGCUCAGUGAUUUAUUUGUUACUCUUUACGUUUUUCUUUACUGCUGUGGAGUUUAGUAAAGAGAGUUAAUGCAAAAUAGGAAGCCUCCUGUCAUGUUAUAAAAUUAAGGGCUAUGGCCAAAGGCUUAUAUUUUCACCUGCAUAUGUUAUAAUUUUAUAAUGUAUGCAAGUCUUGCAAAAUGUAUCAAAUAGAUUUGAAAGAACACCCUGAAGUUAGAAAUAAAUCCAUUUAUUAUUAAAGAAACACUCCACUGCCCAAAUGGACAAAUGGAUUGAUCAGUAUUGCUUCAGACCUGAGGAAGAGAGGAAACUCUCGGAAGCUUGUCUUUGAAAUAUUAUGUUAGUCCAAUUAAAAUGGUAUCAUUGCAUACUGUAAUACUCUGGUAUUUUGGCAUCUUGUCUACUGGACUAAUACGGCUAAUCCAAUCUACAAACUAUAUAUAGCUGCACUCACCUAAAUGCUGCUGCCGGCCAAUUUUGUAUACAAUACACAAGAUCCAGCGCACUCACGUAUCCACUAAAGAGCAACUUCAAUGUUGACAGAUUUUAUUAGUUGUUGUGUUUUUUUUUUUUUUUUUUUUUACAAAAACAUCUAAUCUAGGCAAAAAUAAUGGGGGUUUAGUUCCAUUAUAUGAACAUACAUUGCAUAAGCCUGCCACAACGUCAAUGUACCCCAUCUUUUAUUUUUAUUUUUUUUUAAACCUAAUCUAGGCAAAAAUAAUGAGGGUUUAGUUACAUCAUAUGAUCGUUAUGGCAGGCUUAUGCAAUGUAUGAUCAUAUAAUGUAACUAAACUUCUAUGGUCUACUUUUCCAGGAGCUUCAGGCCGUUUGUGAGUAGGAUUGAGUAACAGAGCUUCAAUAAAAAAGUAAUCUGUCUUUACAUUAGAAUAUUUUACUAAUAUAUAUUAGUUCAUAGAAUAAGAAAUGUACUUUAGUCUUCUAACUUAUGUUAUUCAUUAUUUAAAACUUUAAAACUAAAAUGUGCUGGAAUAGCCCAACUCCCUAGUCGUAUCUCUAGUCAUAGUCCCUAUGACGGUUUACUCAUUUUUGUCAUGUUGAAUGAGGAGUUUGACGCAUUUCUGGUUCUACACCAGUUUUUCUUUCUCCACAUAUUCUAAUUUUAGUUUUUUGAAUAUAGGAUUAUGCAGAAGAUGGGAGGGCAAGUAUCUACCGCUCUGUAUUCACUAAUGCGUGCAAAGAAAUGAUGUGUUAUCCAGACUUUCCAAUACCUGACGAGUACCCCAAUUUCAUGCAUAACACUCUGUUCCUGGAGUACUUGCGUCUAUAUGCUGAAAAGUUUGACCUUCUAAGGCAAAUCAAAUUUAAGGUAUUUGCAUUGUUUAUGGAUCACUUAGGUACCUUUUGAUUUUAAUAUGCAAUAUUCUGUAACCAAACUUAAUUUAUUUACUAUCUGUUUCUUGUCUUCUUUUUAUCAACUAGACUACUGUGGUCAGUGUAAAAAAAUCAAUCGAUUUCACGGAGACAGGCAAAUGGGAUGUAGUUACAGAGUGUGACGGAAAGCAAAAAUUGACCACCUUUAAUGCAGUGCUUCUGUGUACAGGCCAUCAUGUGUACCCAAACCUACCCCUUCAAUCUUUUCCUGGUAUGUCAUAUUUGCAUAUCUAAUUGUUGAAGCACAAUCAACAUCACAGUAUUUUCAUUUUUCACAUUUGAGUCAAUUGUAGAUGUCUUAAUGCUAGUAUGGAGAAAUUCAAAGUAGAGAAAGGCGAUGGAGAAAACCUAAUACUGGUCUUGAAGAAGCAGAUGCUUCUUAGUAGGUGAUAAGAGGAUACUUGAGAACAGAUAUGUUCCUGCAGUCAAGUCAUAGUCAGGAAACCAGAUAUCUGGAAACCUGUAUGUACUUGUCAGUGGUUAGUGAAUGCAUCAGACUGGUCUAGGGAUGUGCAUGCUUUCUGUCAACAUGGAAAUAUUUGUAUCUCAAUUGAACGCCUUGGCACUUUUGAGAAAAAAAAUUGCAUUAGGAAUUGAUGGACUACAUUCACAGUUUGUGGUUUUUGUUUUGACUGUAUAUAUAAAAAUAGGCAAUGUUAAAGUAAUUUAUAAAACUUAAAAGCAUAUUAUUUGAUUAAAACAAAAUGGUAGUUGGAUACUAAAUCAUGAAUUGUGAUAUGCUGAAAUGUAUAUAGAUAGUUAAAAAACAUAGCUGAUGCAAAUUCUCCAUUAUUUUAUUUAUUAAUUUUUUUUUUUUUAUUCUGAAAAUUCUCUCAUGACCUGUGUGUGAGAAUAUAUACUCUCUAUCUAUCUGAAAUUUCACUGGCAGUAAAGCUUGUGGCCACAUAUACACAGUGUGUAUACUUGCUGUGUUUCUGGCCAUAAUCAGAAGAUGACUAGUAGUGGGGGGGAAAUUAGAUACAACAAGGAAGGUGCAGUAGUGUAUGAUACAAUUUUGUUGAGAAGAGGGGGCUGAAAGAAUGAAAGCACAUUUAAUUAAAAUGAAGUAUUUAUAUAAGAUCACUGAUUGAGAAAUUGCAUUCUUUAGCUUUUCUGGCUUGGUACAUGAAUAAUAAUAGAAGGUUCUAUUAACCACCCUCAAAAAAAUUAAGAAAUUUAAUAAAAAAAAAAAAAAAAGACAGCAUAUCAAGUUCUAGUUUUGGUCAACAAUCAGACUUGGAUUUACAGGUUUCUCUUCAGGUGAACUAGUUUAAUUUUUGUAACUUUUUAUUUUUUUAUUUUUUUAUUGAUACAACUGUACUAAGGUAGGGUGAAAAACAUUGUAGGCACUAUGUCUCUUUUUCUCAUUGAAUUGGUUAUAGUGCCCAGGUGUUCUCCAUUCAUUGCUAAACUAUUUUUAAAGCAGUUGAAACUUCCCACAGUCAUGCCCUUACACACUGCAUGUGUAGCUAUAACAAAGAUUACACACUUCAUUCUAACCAUACCUGUGAGAGGCUGAAGGCGGUCAGCUGACAUUCUCAGCCACUGUUGCCUAUGCUUUCUCAUUAGCCCAAGCAGCACAAAGGGGUGAGCUGCUUUGAACUCUUGUAUAGAAUUAAAACAAACAUUAAAAACUAUUUGGCAUUGAAUGGAAAGACAGUCAGGGGACUCCGGACACACUAGCUACUUAAAUAAGAUCAAAUAGAUUCCGUGCCUGCAGUGUCCAUUUACUAACAACUUCUCUAGAGGGGAAAAUCAGAUUAUAUAACUUCUGUUUUCAAAUUGUCCUUAUGAAAGGUCAUUUUUCAAAUUGCCAGUGCAUGUGAUUCAUUUUUUAUUUUUAACAUUAUUUUAGAAACAUAUUUUUGUAUAAACACAUUGUGACUUUUGUGAACACUCGUGAUUCUGUAGUAAAACAUGUUAUUCAUUUUAAUCACAAGCAUUGCUUGAUUUCUCCACUUUUUAACUUGGUGUGAAAAAGGCAAAAAGCCAUGCUUUUUUUAUUUUUUUAUUUACACGUUGUAUCCCAGAUUUCUUAUUCCUAUUAUUUCAGGAAUCGAUAAAUUUAAAGGUCAAUACAUGCAUAACCGAGAUUACAAGGAACCUGCCCGUUAUACCGGGAAACGUGUGCUUAUAAUAGGACUGGGAAAUUCAGGAGCUGAUAUAGCAGCUGAAUUGAGCCGCACAGCUGAAAAGGUAGAGUUUGAUGUGACAACUUUACAGUAGGUACAAAUUUAAGAUUUUUGUUUUGUGAUAGUUAUAAUGCAUGUAUCAAAAUACACCAGAUUUUUUUACAUUAUUGUCACAGUAUCCUAUUGUAUCAUUGAGGAAAAAUAUCAGAGAGACCAAGUUUUGCCAUAGUAGUCUUUCCAACAGUUUUCCAUGCCAAUGUCAUUGACAGCCUGCCAGUUUAAUUUGUAGCUAAACCCACCAACCAAAUAGCAAGAACUGCAGCACGUUUAUCCAAUAUCAGGGUACUUAUCAAAGCUUGAUAAAGACCAUAAUAGGUUGAAACAUUACUAUGUGAAGGCACAAGAAAGGGAAUUUGAUUUUUAUUAGACAUUUGCAGUUUCUUAUCCAAAGUUCUUAACUCAAAGAUGCUAUAUAACCGAAUCACAAAUAAUUUCUGUCUGGCACCAAAAAAGAGAGGGUUAAUGGGGAAAAGGGCUGAUUGAUGACAAUGAUAACCACACUAAAUGCUGAUUUGAUUCACAGAUCAAGUGAAAAAUGACCAGUAGGGAGGAAUGAGGGAUAUAUAAAAAAAAAUACUGUAAAAAAGAGAGCCCCAAAAAAAUAUAAUACUAAUUAGAAAAUAAAUUUUAAACCGUAUCACUAAUAUACACAGUCUUGUGAUACCUCAAACAUAUAAUUAAACUAGCAGCUAAGACACAGUAAGAACUUCCCAAAUUCUGAGAAUUGAAUUUGCAAUAUAUAUAGUGUCAGCGCUUAAUGAAUCUGUCCCUAUGAGUUAAUCUCAGGGAUACCAUAAAAACAAUUUUAUACAAUAAAAUAACCUGAUAGAGAUAUAUAUAUAUAUAUAUAUAUAUAUAUAUAUAUAUAUAUAUAUAUAUAUAUAUAUAUAUAUUCCAAAGUCUUGCAUAAACUUAAAAAUAAACAGAUGAAAAAAUAAAAUAGUCACAAAGGGGAAUAGGCAAAAUCUGUGUCCAUAUCAGUGUUGAGUUCCGUGGUAACCUGGUUGUACAUUGGGAAUUAAAGAAACAAAAAAUAGUGUAGCACUGUAUGUUUAUUGCCCUUAUACGCAACACCUCCCUCCCCAAGUCAGAAACUCUUACAGAAUAAAAAUGUGGUACUUUAUCUCUAAGGACCACUUUCUCAGUGGUCCUUAGAGAUAGAACCACUGACAUACAUAGCACUUUGGUUUCAUACAGGGGGCUCCAGUAUCUAGCGAGACUUACUCCAGUGUUCCUCCAGGUUCAGAUCGUGAACAGUCAGCUUCAGUGCACGAGGCAGAAGCUGUUUCCUCUGAGGAUCGGUUUUCUCUAUUACUUCUUCUCAUUUGAUCUGUUAUGCAAAUGGUACCAAAAUGCACCUCUCAGUGUACUGCACGAUAUGGAAAUUUUUGCACACUUUUGGUUUGACAGAAUCUUUUUUUAUUUAUUUUUUUUUUAUUUUUUAUUUUUUAUUGAAAUUUUAUCUGAACUAACACACCAUACAAAUGAGUUCAAGACCACUUUAACUAAUUUUAGAAUUAAUUUGGCAGAAUCUAAUUUUUUAUUUUUUUGCCAUGCACAUGACGAAAGCAGUCUUUUUUUGCCACAACUCUAAGGUUAGCAUGUGGUAUUGCCUCAGAGGGGAUAUGAUAACAUUAUACAAAUAUCUCUGGUGUCAAUACAAACCAGUGUGUGAAAUCUAUUCACAAACAGGGCUACACAUAGGACACAAGGUAAUGCGUUUGGACUGGAAGAAAGAAGAUUUAGUUUAAAGCAAAAGAAAGUGUUUUUUUUUUUUUUUUUGUUUUUUUUACCAUAAGAAAAAUAAGGAUGUGGAAUUCUCUGCCUGAAGAAGUGGUUUCAUCAGAGUCCAUACGGAUGUUUAAACAGCAACUAUAUGCAUACUUGCAAAAACAGAAUAUUCAAUAAUAUAAUUUUUCAACUGUAGGGUAAUAGCUUAUUGAUCCAAAAAUACAUCUGACUGACAUUCUGGGGUCAAGAAGGAUUUUAUUUCCUAGUUUGUUGCAAACUUUGAAGUGGUUCAAACUGGCUUGUGUUGCUUUCUUUUCAAUAAACAGCAAAAAGCAGAUGUAAGGAAGGCUGAACUUGAUGUACACAUGUCUCUUUUCAGCCUAUGUAACUAUAUUGGAGAGAUACCCCUUUGACCAAUUGUAAUGUCAAAAUACAUCUUCAAUGGUUUUGUCACUGUUGUGUAGCAUAUAACUGUAAGAUCUGAUGCUAAACAUCAAGAUCUAAACUACACUGUACUGCUUUAACCCCCCAAGACCGGAGGGCGUACUAUUACGCCCUAUUUUAGGCGGUUCUAAACGCCACCGGGCGUAAUAGCAUGCCCUCCGUUUUUUUUUUUGUUUUUUUUACUUACCCGGUCGCCGGCGAUCGCGGUUGGCAGGACUCCCAGGGAGCCCCCCCGCGGCACGUCCGACCUCCUGAAGCCCCCCCAGCCAUGUGAGGACCUCACAAUCACAUGGCCGGGUUAGCUGCCUGCUUCAUUGCCGACAGGUAGUCUCCCUGCUGGCUGAAUUUAAAGAAAAUAAAAGUUAAUAAAGUGUAAAAAAUAAAUAAAUAAAUACUUAGAUUUUAUUUAUUUAUAUAUAUAUAUAUAUAUAUAUAUAUAUAUUUAUCAAAUUACACGUAGACUGAUACUGAUUAAAUAUUAUAUAUAUAAUAUUAUAUUUAUAAUAUAAAAAAUAUGUAAAUACGUAAAAAAAUAAAAAAAAUAAUUAAAAAUAAAAAUAUAUAGAUGUGUUAUUUCGUUCUAACUGUAUUGUGAUAUUAAUAUAAAGAUUUAUAUCAAAAUACACAUAGAACAAAAUAAUAUAUCUAUAUACAUAAAUAUAUACGUAUAUAUCACUUUAUAUAUACCUAUAUAUAAAUAAAAAUAUAUAUUUUUAAAAAAAUAUAUACAUAUAUUAAUUCUACACAUAUAUUUAUGUAAUAUUUUUACAUAAUUAGGUAUCUUAAUUACAAUUAGCAGGACCUGUCUGACAACCCAUGCCGAAAGUAAAGGGAAUUUAAUUUGCUAGCACUAUAUUUAACCCUAUAACUUUCCAAGACACCAUAAAACCUGUACAUGGGGGGUACUGUUCUACUCGGGAGACUUCGCUGAACAUAAAUAUUAGUGUUUCAAAACAGUAAAAUGUAUUACAACGAUGAUAUCGCCAGUAAAAGUUACUUUUUUUUCAUUUUUCACGCACAAACAGCACUUACACGGACAAUAUUAUUGUUGUGAUACUUUUUACUGUUUUGAAACACAAAUAUUUGUGUUCAGCGAAGUCUCCCGAGUACAACAGUACCCCUCAUGUACAGGUUUUAUGGUGUUUUCAAAAGUUGCAGCGUCAAAUAUAAGGCUUGUGUUUCAUUUUUUUUCACAUUAAAAUUCGCCAAAUUGGUUAGGUUGCCUUUGAGACCCUAUGAUAGCCCAAGAAUGAAAAUUACCCCUAUGAUGGCAUACCAUUUGCAAUAGUAGACAACCCAAGGUAUUGCAAACUGGUUAUGUCCAGUCUUUUUUAGUAGCCACUUAGUCACAAAUACUGGCCAAAAUUGGCGUUUUUUGCAUUUUUCACAUGGAAACAAAUACUAACGCUAACUUUGACCAAAUGGCUACUACAAAAGACUGGACAUACCCCAUUUGCAAUGCCUUGGGUUGUCUACUAUUGCAAAUGGUAUGCCAUAAUGGGUGUAAAUUUCAUUUCUGGGCUACUAUACAGUCUCAAAGGCAAUAUAACCUAUCUGGCGAAUUUCAAUUUCAAAUGUAACGUGCUAUAUUUGACCCUGUAACUUCCCAAAACGCCAUAAAAACUGUACAUAGGGGGUACUGUUUUACACGUGAGACUUUGCUGAAUACAAAUAUGUGUAUUUUAUUGCAGUAAAAGCAAACAGUAUUAUGACCUUGACCAUUAAUGUCAUGUAGAACAAAAAAAAUCUUUUCUACAAUUUUUCAUAUUAAAUUAUGUUUCAUAGCUAACUAUUUGAUAUUAAAUGAAAGCCCUGUUUCCCCUGAAUAAAAUGAUAUAUAAUAAGGGUGGGUGCAUUUACUAUGAAAGAGGUGAAUUGCGGUUGGACAGACAUGUAGCGCAAAUGCCAGGUUUUGUUUACAUUUUGUUUUGUUCAUUUGGCUCAGUCCUUAAGGGGUUAAAUAUCUCUCAUCCUGACUAUUAUUUGCAAUUUGAUCCACACGCAUGUUCUACAGCAGUUUUUUUAUGGUGUGUAAAGCUGCAGUGGUGCAUCUAUCCAUGGUAUUUUGUUUGGAAGCAUUACAGGCAAAUUUUUAAUGACUUUUUUGAUUAAAAAAAUAAAUAAAUAAAUGAUUAAACAUAUUCUUCAGGUCUUUACAGUGAAAAGGAGAGCUUCAUUUUCCAUAAGUCAGAGUAGGCAUCUGCCUUAUAACAGUUGCCUGUUUCAAGAAUUUAUAAUGUACCAUUUUGAAGCUCUGGUCAGCUGGUGGAGAGAGCCUUAGUCCAUAUACUUACUAGUCUAGUCAGCCUCCUAUGCUUGAUAGAGCUGCCAGAGCAGUUAUAUGGGGUGUAAAAUCCAGUGUGCCCCAGUUCCUACAGUGUCUGUCUUUGAGGAUGUAUAGAAUGUGGAAGUGAUCUAUUCCCAUCUGUUUACUAAAAGCCUCUCACACAGGAAAUACCAUGCAGUAGUAGCAGCAAUAAGUGAUGUAUAAGUCAUACGGGAUAACUGUUCUUGCAGUUCUACAUUUACUUGUAGGAGAAUGACCACUACAGAAGACAGGGGAUCACCUAACUCUAACCUUAAAACCCAAUAAUCAUUAAAAAAAAAAAAACCUCUUUACCACAACUGUAACUCAUCUGAAGAUGUAAGUCCUCUUAACACUAAAAGCCUUGUGUAAACUAGCUCUGAUUAUAUAUAUAUUUUGAAGAUGAGAGCACUCAGUGGAUUUUUAAAGAAACAAAGUGUAUUUAAAUGUUGCCAAUGGGGAUCAACGUUUCGACCUAAGGGUCUUUUUAUCAAGAUGGCAAUACAGUGCUUAAUUCACAUAUCACUCAAUACCAGCUCUGAGGUUUCUUGUCUUUCCUUAGAUUUUGAUCACCAUUUCUCGUUUACUCUCCGUAUUGGUUUUGUGUCACUGUUUCCUCACAUUGUCUUUUUUUGUCACAGUUGUUACUUUUCCACAGUAGUUACACCAUUCACCUGCGCUCCUCAGUAUCACACUUUCUUUUUCUCCAUCACACUCACUUCUUUUACUCUUCAUUUCACCUUUACUCAUCACUCUAUGCUUUAACCAGUUCCUAGACACCUGAUUUUCCUCCAUGGUUAGAUUUUAUUAUUGAUACUUCUAUUAUACUCUCGGUACUCCCGAUCCCUCAUGUUCACUGCAUUACUUCCGUCAACAGUCUUUAGUCGCUAUGACAACGAUUUGCGUGGAUAAGUCACCACGCCAUCACGCACGGGUCACUUCCGGGUUAACGAGCUCUGUCCACUCACCUCGAUCACCUGCACAGGGUAAGGCACUAAUAUUUGUUUUACAGACACUAUAUAAACACAAAUUAAGAACUGUAUUGCCAUCUUGUUAUUGAAACGUCGAUCUCCAUUGGCAACAUUUAAAUCCACUUUGUUACUUUGAAAAUCCACUGAGUGCUCUCAUCUUCAUUAUUUAUCUUCACAUAUUCAGCACAGAGCAGCACCUUGGUGUAAGUUGUUUCUAUUACUUCAAGAUAGAGUGCCAGACUCAUCGUUUUAUAUAUAUAUAUAUAAUUAGUGUUUUUAAUCUGCUAAUUAUUUAUUUGGGGAGGCGACCCAUCUUGUCUAGGCAACAGGUGUAGUAAUAUGUAUUUUAGUCAUUCAUGACAUUGAGGUAGAAGAAUAGAUGUAAAAUAGGUUAAUGCAAGCAGUAGUAAAUAGUUUUUACAUUCUAACUAAUAGGAGAGUGGCUCUGGUCAUCAUAUUCUACACUCAAUGUGGUUCAUAUUUUAGGAGUCAAAAAAUGACUGGUUAGCAAUAAAUUAAUGUAUGAUCCUCUUUGCUGGAGUUACGUAGUAGACCAAGGUUUUAAAACCAGACACAAAUUAAACAUUAUGUACUUCCUUCAGACCACCUCUGAGUGUAUUACCAUCACUUUAUUAUAUUUGGCAUGAAGUUGUUCAGAUUUCGUUAAUGCCUUCCAUGCUUCAGUGGCUGUAGUUAUAAAAGUUAUGGAUUUAAAACUGAAUGAAAUACUGAUCCUUGGAAAGACCUUCUUUGUAUUUUGACAUAGGGUUAUUAUUUUAGGGAGGUCCCUUGACCAAUUUUAGAGGUAGAUCUUUCCACCUCUAUUCUACCAUUCCUCCAUCUUGCCUUACGUUCUUGAAUCGUAUAUAGAUCUGUUACACUUCUGCAAGCUAUACCUCUGCAGUUAAGUUAAAAUUAGAUGGCUAGAUAUAGAAAUUAAUACUUUUUUUCUGUGCUAACUAUAGUGGGAGAAAACUAAACUGCUCAGAGAUUUUUAUAUAUAUUUUUUUUUAAUGAAAAUUACAAAUGAGACAAACAACCUCUAUAUCUGAAUAAACAAACCACACAAUUGUAAAAAUAGUCUUCUUUGGUUUAAAAACAAGCUAACAUAAUUUUCUUCAAAAUACUGCACUAUAAAAAACUGGUUAGAGAUGUCCCCAUAAAAAAAUAUAUUCAAAAGUGCAAAGUAAAAACCAUGUGAUAUCACAAAAAAAACAAAAACAAACUUGCAUUUUACAACUAAAAUCCAGAAGUAGGGGGGCGUGGCCAACUGCCGAAGUGAGCGUAUGCAUGGAGUGAAAGCUCCGGUCCUGAAUGACUUGAAAGCCUGAUUUAAACAAGCUGCACAGCCCUACCAUUACCUGGUAAGCUACCGGACACGAUCUACUCGAUGGCACCUGCCAAACAAACAAAACUGACGGACCAAAUCCGCCCUGCCAGAAAAGACAGUUUGUGGCCUAUUCAAGAUGGCGACGACGGCUCAGCCAUCUGAAGCACCGCUGGAGUCAGACCAAGACGCAAGUCAUUAUACUGACGCUCCGGUCACCAUAAAAAGGCUGUACGCCAUGCUGCAAGACUUCAGAGUCACGCUCCAGUCUGAUCUCAGGCGGGCGACAGGUGAAAUUAAAAGAGUUCUCUGACCUGGGUGAGAGGACGAACCGGCUGGAAGCCUGCACAGAAAAAAUAUGCACAGAGCACGACACGCUCGCUGACACGGUGCACCAAAUAGUGGAAGAACAGCAAAUGCUUAAACGCAAACUAGCGGACUUGGAGGACCGGUCCAGGAGGAACAAUGUCCGCUUCCGCUGUAUUUCUGAAACGGUGAGCACAGAUGAGCUAUCAGCUUAUAUUACGGCCUGAACAUAACAAAACACUACGGCCUGACAUAACUGAGGAGGACUGGGUGCAUGAAUGGAUGAAUGUUAAGGGUCUUAACAGCCCUCACAAAUGCAGACUAACAGCCCAGGAGAUGACUAAAUCCAGAGCGGCCAUAGUGUGCUUGCAGGAGACUCCUUUUUUGCACAUGCAAACCACCCUCCUUCAAGGUUAGGCAAUUUCCCCAGGCCUACCAUGCCAUGUCCCGCACUAAAUCUAAAGGGGUGUCCGUAUAUUUCCACAGGGACUGGGUAUUCACUCCUACCACACAUGUCAGUAAAGACGGUAGACUGCUCAUAUUAGUGGGCUUCUUGAACGGUCUCCAAAUUACAAUCGCCUCACUGUAUGCCCCAAAUGAUACACAGAAAUCCUUCCUGACCAUGGCGUUACGCAAAAUAGAAAAGUAUAAAAUCGGACACACUUUCAUUUGCUGGGAUUUUAACUGUACCCCGGUCCCGCUUAUGGACAUACAGAGGGCUCAAAACCAACCCCCCAAGCAUGUGCCAGCCUCUCUACGCCGCCACUUAGCACAUCUACUGCACUCUCACGACUAUUACGAUAUAUGGCGCAACUUGUAUCCUGGCGCAAGGGACUACAAGUUUUAUUCCCCAGUACACAUGACAUACGCUAGAAUUGACCUCUGCUUAUUUGAUAAACGUACGCUACCACAUGCCAGACACAUGUAUAUAGGACCUAUUACAUGGUUGGACCAUGCCCCACUAGUCAAAAGAGUACAGUAUUACCAGUGGAACACAUACAUAAAGAAAUAAAACGAGAUUCUCAUACACCUUAGUGAGUACCCUUCGCCCUCACAUCAAACAAAGUUUACAUACAAUAUACCCCAUAUUGUAUGUAAACUUUGUUUGACAUGCCCCACUAGUGAUUACUAUGAAAAAUACCACACCUAGCCAGAGGGAGAGGCGCAUGGCUUGGUGCUACUUCUAAGCGCUGUUUCUAAGUGUCUAGUUGGAGAUAUUCUGGAGAGUUUUACAGAAGCUUCAACUGUCUAAGAGUUGUGCUAAGAGCUUUCUUUUCUACUGUUACAGGUAAGAUUCAUCUGUAGGAAAAGGUUACUGAUUGCACAAGGUUUGAAUUCCUGUUGGUACUUAUAAGGCAUUUGAUUUGAUUAAGCUAGUUACUUGCUAUUGAUUGCUGGUUAAUUAGCUAUUGUUUGCAAAUAAGCAGUGGCCUACUCAGAUGUUAAACAUUCCUAGUGGGGUGGUGAUUUUAGGAGUUAUAUAAGGCUUGGUGUCAUUAGCUUGUCUAAUAUAGAUUGGUGCUACUUCUAAGUGCUGUUUCUAAGUGUGUAGUUGGAGAUAUUCUGGAGAGUGCUGUUUCUAAGUGUCUAGUUGGAGAUAUUCUGGAGAUAACCUGGAGGUAAUCUGAGGUAUUCAGGAGGAUAAAUACAAAGUUAAGAUUUGUUAGAUUUAAAUUAUUCUCCUAAUUGGAAUGGCAGACUUAGUUCAGUGUAACAAUUGCAAUGCGUUUGUUUCACGUUCCACUUUUUGGAGGUUUGAUUGUUGUCUAAUCUGUAGACAGUUCUCUAUCUUGCGGCAGGAGAUUGUAUUUUUGAAGUCUGAGAUUUGUAAAUUAUCUGGUGAACAAAUUCAGACUGGAACUGCUGCAAAGCAACUGUCGCAGAGACAAACUAGGAAAGGCAGAUGGAUUACUGUAGGAUCUGGUAGACUUAGAGUUGUGGAUAAAAGGCAUUUUGCACAGUCUGUUGCUCUUCAUAAUUCAUUUUCUGCAUUUUCAGAGCGUAAUGGUGUUGUGGAGAGAGGCACUGAGGCUAGUGGUGUUGUGGAGAGAAGCACUGAGGCUAGUGGUGUUGUGGAAAGAGGCACUGAGGCUAGUUGUGUUGUGGAGACCGGCUUGGAGACUAUGGUGAGGCCUAAUAGAAAGCAGUUGUUGUUGGGGGAUUUCAUUAUAAGAGGUGUGGAGAUGGACAAUGGUGGUCUUGUGAGGUGUCUUCCCGGAGCUACUGCUCACAGAGACAGGAGAUGUAUCUGUAAUAUUGUUAAGCAAGCAAAGCAGGAAGGGGAAUUGGAUGUACUUGUCCAUCUAGGGACAAAUGACUUGGCUUGUAAUGAGGUUUCAGAGGUUAAGGAAGUUUUUAGUGUUUUUGCCAAUGAUAUACGGCAGGUUGCUUCCACACUGUCAUUCUCUGAAGUUCUGCCUGUGCAUAACACUCAGAACGACAGGCGGAUGCGUAUUAGGGACUUUAAUUUGUGGCUUGGUGAAUGGUGUCGGGAGCAAGGAUUUGGCUUUAUUUCUCAUGGUAGCUCUGUUUGGAAUGGAGAUAAGCUGUACAAAAAAGAUGGUUUGCAUCUUUCUCAAAAGGGAACAAAUGUUCUCAGUGAGCAGUUCAGAGGUUUUGCUAGGAUGUAUUUAAACUAGGAGGGGGGGCAAAAGGGUGAUAAAACAUCAAUCCAAUUGUCCCCCAAAAUAAGAUCCAUGAACUUUUGGCAAUAAUGGCAAGUGAUAGUGUAGAUUUAGUUGCUGUUACUGAGACAUGGUACAAUGAGAAAAAUGACUGGGACAUAGCAAUACCAGGGUACUCUUUAUAUAGGAAAGAUAGGGAAGGCAAGAAAGGGGGAGGGGUGGCCUUGUAUGUGAAGGAUAGCAUAAAAUCUAACCUAAUAAAAGUUAGUGAGGCAAACAUAGAGUCCAUUUGGGCUACGUUAGAAUUUGGUAAUCACACAGUAACUCGUGUAGGUGUGAUUUAUAGGCCCCCAGGACAAAUUGAAGAGUUAGAUAAUCUACUAGUUGAGGAAAUAACUUCCCCCUUCAUUGCCAUUUUAGCUAUCAUCAUGGGUGACUUUAAUCUUCCUGAUGUAAAUUGGAAAACAAAAUUAGCUACUUGUGCCAGGAGCACACAUAUUCUAAACUCCCUACUGGGAUUGUCUCUAAAACAAGUUGUUGAGGAGCCAACUCGUAAAGAGGCCAUACUAGAUUUAGUGUUAACAAAUGGAGAUUUGGUAUCAGAUAUUACUGUAGGUGAAAGUAUAGGAUCCAGUGAUCAUCAGUCAGUGUGGUUUAAUAUAAGAACAGUGACUGAGUCACACCACACAAAAACAAAAGUUUUAGACUUUAGAAAAACAGACUUUUCUAAAAUUAGAAUAUGGGUAGAGGAGUCAUUAUCAGACUGAAGCAAUUUAAAUGGAGUCCAAGAGAAAUGGGAUUAUUUAAAAGUUGCACUAUUGAAGGCAACAGAAAAUUGCAUUAGGCUUGUCAGUAAAAGCAAAAAAUUCAAGAAACCACUGUGGUACUCCGCAGAUGUGGCCAAAAUAGUUAAAAACAAAAAGUUAGCAUUUAGGAAUUAUAAAAAAAACCCAGAGUGAGGAAGACAAAAUUAUCUAUAAGAUUAGGCAGAAAGAGGCUAAGCAAGUUAUAAGAGCUUCCAAAUCACACACAGAAGAGAAAAUAGCACAGUCAGUAAAAAAGGGGGAUAAAACAUUUUUUAGAUACAUAAAUGAGAAAAGAAAAGUAAAACAAGGAUUAAUUAGAUUAAAAACAAAAGAAGGAAGGUAUGUAGAAGAGGAUAAAGGUCUAGCUGACUGCCUCAAUGAAUAUUUUUGUUCUGUAUUUACAGAUGAAAAUGAAGGAAAGGGACCUCAGUUGAGAAAAAGGAUAAAUGAGUCAUUUAUUACACGUGAGUUUACAGAGGAAGAGGUUCUAUUUCAACUAUCAAAAGUAAAGACAAAUAAGUCAAUGGGACCUGAUGGAAUACACCCAAAGCUAUUAAAAGAGCUUAGUGGUGUACUAGCAAAACCAUUAACAGAUUUAUUUAACCAAUCAUUGUUAACAGGAGUAGUCCCAGAAGAUUGGAAGUUAGCGAAUGUUGUGCCCAUUUACAAGAAAGGUAAUAGGGAGGAGUCGGGCAACUAUAGGCCAGUAAGCCUUACUUCAGUAGUGGGGAAAGUGAUGGAAACCAUGUUAAAGGAUAGGAUUGAUGAACAUCUAAAAACACAUGGAUUUCAAGAUCAGAGACAACAUGGGUUUACUUCAGGGAGAUCAUGCCAAACUAAUCUUAUUGAUUUUUUUGAUUGGGUAACUAAAAUUAUAGAUCAGGGUGGUGCAGUAGACAUUGCUUACCUAGAUUUCAGUAAGGCUUUUGACACUGUUGCACAUAGAAGGCUUAUCAAUAAACUGCAAUCUUUAAGUUUGGAUUCCAAUAUUGUUGAAUGGGUAAGGCAGUGGCUGAGUGACAGGCAACAGAGGGUUGUAGUUAAUGGAAUAUAUUCGAAGCUUGGACUUGUCACCAGUGGGGUACCUCAGGGAUCUGUACUUGGACCCAUUCUCUUUAAUAUUUUUAUUAGUGAUAUUGCAGAAGGUCUUGAUGGUAAGGUAUGUCUUUUUGCUGAUGAUACUAAGAUAUGUAACAGGGUUGAUGUUCCAGGAGGGAUAAGCCAAAUGACAAAUGAUUUAGGUAAACUAGAAAAAUGGUCAGAAUUGUGGCAACUGACAUUUAAUGUGGAUAAGUGCAAGAUAAUGCAUCUUGGACGUAAAAACCCAAGGGCAGAGUACAGAAUAUUUGAUAGAGUCCUAACCUCAACAUAUGAGGAAAGGGAUUGAGGGGUGAUUAUUUCUGAUGACUUAAAGGUAGGCAGACAAUGUAAUAGAGCAGCAGGAAAUGCUAGCAGAAUGAUUGGUUGUAUAGGGAGAGGUAUUAGCAGUAGAAAGAGGGAAGUGCUCAUGCCAUUGUACAGAACACUGGUGAGACCUCAUUUGGAGUAUUGUACACAGUACUGGAGACCGUAUCUUCAGAAGGAUAUUGAUACCUUAGAGAGGGUUCAGAGAAGGGCUACUAAACUGGUUCAUGGAUUGCGGGAUAAAACUUACCAGGAAAGGUUAAAGGAUCUUAACAUGUAUAGCUUGGAGGAAAGACGAGACAGGGGGGAUAUGAUAGAAACAUUUAAAUAUAUAAAGGGAAUCAACACAGUAAAGGAGGAGACUAUAUUUAAAAGAAGAAAAACUACCACAACAAGAGGACAUAGUCUUAAAUUAGAGGGACAAAGGUUUAAAAAUAAUAUCAGGAAGUAUUACUUUACUGAGAGGGUAGUGGAUGCAUGGAAUAGCCUUCCAGCUGAAGUGGUAGAGGUUAACACAGUAAAGGAGUUUAAGCAUGCGUGGGAUAGGCAUAAGGCUAUCCUAACUAUAAGAUAAGGCCAGGGACUAAUGAAAGUAUUUAGAAAAUUGGGCAGACUAGAUGGGCCGAAUGGUUCUUAUCUGCCGUCACAUUCUAUGUUUCUAUGUGUGAGGAACUGACUCUGCUGGGUUUCGAACCCUGGUUUACAUGGUGCUAAACCUUUUCCUUACCAGUAAACCAGCCUGCCUUUUGCAAAUUUACCUGAGAUCUGAUACCAUUGCUUGUAGAGUCAAGGUUAUCAGUGACAACUCUCUUCAGCUGUGUCUGGUCAGGUGUCUGGUUCUUGGCCUAUAAAAGCCACUUCCUGUCUCUGUACCUUUGCCAGAUUAUUGUGGUUCCUGUACUCUCUAAUCAAGCGUGUUCCUGUUUCUCCUUCCUGUUGCUGAAUUUGGACUGUUUUGACUUUGCUGCUUCUCCUUCCCACUGACCUCGGCUUGCCUCACUACGAUUAUCAUCUUUCUGUUCCAGUCUCCCAUCUCUGCUUAAGACCAGAAGGCCACUCAAGGCUCAGGGGCUCAACCACCUGGGUAACGAGUGGCUACCUCUGGCAGAAAACAUUGCUGAUCUGGCUACUGGACUCCAAAACUUUGUAACAUCAAUAUCAUUACACUAUGUUUCUCAAUGAAGCCCUGUUAGAUAACAAACAAUAUCUUCCCCCAACUUCAAGCAUUUCUAGACUCUUACUUUGAGGCACAUAUACACUGUGAAACCACACUCUCCACGCAAUGGGUGGCCCAUAAAGCAGUUAUGAGAGGCGAGCUUAUUAAUCUGGGAGCCAACACCAAAAAAGCAACAUGCACCGAGCAGGCUAGGCUGACUUGGGACAUUGCUGCCAUGGAAUCCGCUCACAAAACAAAUCCAUCCAAGCAGAACCACAAACGCUUACAGACCCUUAACACAGAAUUACACGACCUGAAAUUUAAAACGAUCGAAAAGUGCAUGCGCUACAUGAAACAAACCCAUUACAUGUGAGGGAACAAAGCAGGCAAACUCUUAGCCGGACGGCUGAAACAAAAAUAACUCUAGCCUAAAAUUCCCUACAUAACCUCCAAACGAGGAGAGAAGCUUUACAAUCCCCAGGACAUAGUCGACAAAGUAGUGGCGUAUUAUGCAUCGCUAUAUCAACUACACAAAGACCCAGAAACACAUCAGCCUUUGGCUACAGAAAUAGAGGCCUUCUUGGAGAGGAUGCCUCUCCCCCACAUCUCUCAAGAUCAGAGCAUGUACCUAGACAACCCCUUCACAGAGGUAGAACUCAGUGAUGCCAUUUACUCCCUCCCCAAACACAAAUCUCCUGACCCAGACGGGCUCUCUAAUUACUAUUACAUAAAAUUUGCAAAGCAAUUAGCUCCCCACCUGCUCCGACUAUUCAAUAAUAUCAAACAGUCUGGAACUAUAGCCCGAGAAAUGCUGGAGGCGUUUAUUGUCACACUUCCUAAGUCUAACAAACCCCCCACUAAUUGUGCCAACUUAGGACCAAUUUCCUUACUCAAUUCGGACAUCAAGUUAUAUGCCAAAAUGUUAGCAACAAGGGUCAAAACACUCUUUCCCACGCUCAUCGCCACCGAGCAAGCAGGGUUCGUACCUAGGAAACAGGUGGUAGACCACACCCGCCACUUCAAACCUUAUCGACUGGGCCAAUCACUCCUUACAGCAGGGCCUAGUGCUGGCGCUGGACACCAAAAGGCGUUCAACCGCCUGCAUUGGGGAUAUAUGGAACGUACGCUGAGCAAAAUGGAAUUUCCUCCCGCUUUCCUGGCGAGUGUAAUGGCCCUUUACCAGCACCCAUCAGCGAAAGUCUUUAGCACAGGCUUUUUAUCUGCACCUUUCUCCAUAGCCAAUGGUACGCGCCAGGGAUGCCCAUUGUCUCCACUUAUCUUCAUCCUAUGUCUCGAACCCCUGUCACGGCUUAUAAACAGCAACAUACAUGGCUUGUUAACUCCAGGUGGCACAAACAAGAUGGCACUGUUUGCUGACGAUAUUCUCAUGUUUAUCACCAAACCAACAAUCUCCAUCCCCACACUCCUAGGGCUCCUGUGUGAAUAUGGAGGGGUAUCAUAUUACAAAAACAACACUUCCAAGACACAAGCACUACCGAUCAACCUACCGCACCACAUACUGACCAAACUGACCUGUGAGUAUGCAUUCGACUGGCGCAAAUCAUCCCUCACAUACCUGGGGAUCAAACUGACGAAAACAUAUCAAGCCAUCCUAAAAAAGAACCACUAUCCCGUAGCGCAUAAACUCAAAACAACCUGAGAGAAAUGAGUAAACCUAGAGAUAUCCUGGUUAGGCCAUGUAAACACAAUUAAAAUGAUGGCACUACCCCACAUCCUCUACCUCUUCCGUACGCUGCCAAUAGUGAUACCGAACUAAUUGAUCAAACUACUACAAGCCACUAUCAAUGCGCACGUUUGGAAGCAAAAGCCUCAGAAAGUAGCCCAGUGUAACCUAGGGCUUAAUUACAUCAGAGGGGGCCUAGGAUUGCCGGACGUCAAGACUUAUUACAGAGCCUCGGUCCUAGCGCAGAGGGUACACAUACUGAGACUCAGCAGACACAUUCCAGCCAAUCAGCAGCAGACCCUCCCUCCCACCUCCUGGACAGCAUCCAUUUUACAUUCAUUGUGAAGCUGCAUUCUUAGUGAGCUGUCCAGGAGGUGGGAUGGUCUGGGAGGGAGGGUCUGCUGCUGAUUGGCUGGAAUGUGUCUGCUGACUGUGAGGUAGAGGGUCAAAGUUUAUGUUCGCCGAACCGUUUGGGACAUCACUACUGACCAUGUUAAACUGUUGCUAUAUACUGCUAAGUAACGAUUUACGCACAUAACAUUGUCAACUGGACGUAAUGUAUGAUUCUACCCUGUUUAACUCAAUAAAAAAAAAACUAUAUAUGGGGAGGAAAAAAAUCCAGAAGUAAACCACUAAUGUACUAAAAAGCACAAUGAUAAAAACAGAAUUACAAUACACUUGUGGUUGCAAGGGAUACAGUGUGAUAAUAUGGUACUGAUGUGUUGUACUGCUUAGUAUACAAUCCCCUCCUUGUGGAAACAAUGACGACAAUAUGUGGUCACAGUGUUAUCAAAUUUGAAGAUACACUCUGCAAUACAUGCAGAGAAAUAGUGCUCUUUGUAGAAUUAGACAUCCUGUUUUGUGGAUCAAUAUGUCCACUUCAUCAGAGGCUGCUGCCAUUAAUUAGGAUUGGACUUGUAUACCCCAUUGUCUGUAGUUUUUAAAGACACAAAUACGUAUUGCUAGGUUCUUUUAGCAAAAUGGCCACCAAACUUGUACGAAACAGAAGUCAUCCAAAACUAUGGUGCAUUUGUAGAAGAAUAUUAAAGGAACACUAUAGGGUCAGAAACACAAACAUGUAUUCCUGACCCUAUAGUGCUGAACCCACAAUUUAGGUGCUUUCCCAUUCCCCCUUUUAAAAUCCAUCUAAUUUUCAGCACUGUGCAGGUCCGCCAGCACUGUCCUCACCCCCUUGGUGACAUCAGAAUUGCCAAUUUUUAGCCAAUCCAAUGCUUUUCCAUGGGGAAAGCAUUGGAUUGGCUAAAAUUGGCAAAAGGGGUGGGGCUAAACACCGUUUUGGCCAAUCAGCACCUCAUCAUAGAGAUGCUUUGAUUCAAUGCAUCUCUAUGAGGAAAAUUCAGCGUCCCCAUGCACUACCCCAGGAAGCACCUCCAGUGGCCAUCUGAGGAGUAGUCACUUGGACGUGUCCCUAGGGUCAAUGUAAACACUGCCUUUUCUCUGAAACUGCAGUGUUUGAAUUAAAAUGCCUGAAGAUAAUGAAUAUACUUGCCAGAACAACUACGCUACAUGGUGUCCCUUUAAAUUAUACUUUGCUUUUGUAUUACACAGCCAUGUUAUGGUGCAGCCACUCACCAGAUGUGUUCCUAUUAAGAAAGAAGUGUGUAAAGGUUUAGAAAAAUACCCCUAUCUCAUUAGAGAUUUUAUGUUAUAACUGAAGACCGCAAGGUGAAUUGUUGGUGUAGGACUCGCCUACGAGGUUUUGCCUUGAUGUGGCAGAUGAGCUUAUACUUAAAUUGCCACUGGAGUGAUUUAAAAAAAAAAAAAAAAAAAACUCCAGCUGUUUAAGUGUGCAUGGUGAUUUUGGUUAGUGCGCAAGCAGGGCUGGUGCUUCCUAUAGGCCAACUAGGCGGCCGUCUAGGGUACUGCUUAAAGGGGGGCACUGACCCUGCAGCUUUAUGAUCAUCUGUGCUUCCCCUUUAUAAUUUUUAGCUUGCCGCCGGCCAUGUUCCCAGGCGCUAGGGAGCACUUACAUUUCUGCUUACUAGUGCCUGGUAAAACACUGGUGGCAUCCACAUCAAUGCGCUCAGCCAGACCAACUCCCAGAUAUGUAUUUUGGCAGACGGCAGCAGUGCAAUGCGCUUCAAUUGCUCGCUCCUGCCCCUUCCCCCUGUACGAGAGGACAGUGGGUGGGAACAUUUCUAAAGAACUGUACAGAAAAAAGUACGGGGGGCGCCAGACGCAGACACGAUGGACAUAGAAAAAGCAAUGAAGGUAAGAUGUGUAUCAGAGAAUGUGUUAGUCUACUUCAGUUAAUAUGUUUGUGUAUGUCAGUCUGUAUGGGUCAGUGUGCGUCAAUCUACAUGGAUCAGUGCGUGUGUGUUAGUCUGCAUGAGUGGGUGGAGCGAAUGGGGCGACAAAAUAUUUUUUACCUAUGCGGCAAAAAUGCUUGCACCGGCCAUGUGCACAAGUAAUUUUUUCCUUCGUUUUUUUAAAAAAAUUUUAUUGUAUAUUCUGGAAUGUGAUCUAAAGGAGUAAAACAAAAAAAUAAUUUGUGCUAAUUUUGGUAUUGAAGGAAAAAAAAUCAGCUUAACUGGUCAGUCGCACACCAGAUAAGCUCCAUUUACCUUGGUCUUCCUUUAAACUUUUUUUCAUUAAACCUCCAUAGAUGACCUUUAUGUCUCACAAAUAUUGCCUCUCCCAUUCCAUUAAAAUUGGAAAUAUGAACUAAAGUAUUUUCCCCUUUUGUAUUUUAAAAUUGUAUGCUUCACAGUUGUAUAUGACCCAGUUAUUGAAUGUUGAUUGUAAAUUUAUUUUUUAGUUUUAUACUUUUGUAUGUAUAUUCAUUUCUGUUUAAUUGUUAUAGUUAUAUUUCUUAUAUAUGCUUAUUUUUGCAGAACUGUAGGGUUGUUACAUAAAUUUUGUUUUUGUUACUUUGUAAAUCACAUUUUCUUUGCCAAUGAUGAAAACAAUUAGAAUGUAAUAAUAAAAUGCACCUUUUUUUUUUUUUUUUCAGGUCUGGCUCAGCACGAGGAGUGGGUCAUGGGUUAUGAGUCGUGUCUGGGAUAAUGGGUAUCCUUGGGACAUGGUUUACUUGACUCGCUAUCAGUCAUUCCUAAAUAGAAUUCUUCCAAGAGCUCUCUCAGACCUGCUUUAUGAAAACAUGAUGAACAAAAGAUUCAGCCAUGAAAAUUAUGGAUUGGUACCUGUGAAUAAGUAUGUUUUUUUUUUUUUUGGUUGGUUUGUUUUUUGGGGUUUUUUUAGAGUUAAAAAUCUCUGACCAUAGACUAUAAAUUGUUUUGUACUAGAGUUGAAUGCAUUGUGCAAGAUGUAUUCCAGUGGUUUCCCCACCCUAGAUCAUAGUGGACUUUGACUUCAAUGAUUCUAUGUCUAUUUCUUUUAGCAUUUAAAGCAGCACUGUCAUGUCGAACUUACCUUUCUUUAAUCGCUUCCUCUUCUCUCCCUCUGCCCGGAUCUGUUGUGUUCUUCAUUUCUUCCUGUCUGCUCUAGUUUUCUUUAAAACAUAAGACAAAGUAGGGACUACUUUGUCUUAUGAGGGUUUCCUACGCCUGACCAUCUAUGACCAGCGGAGGAGAAAAGUGUGCUCCGUUUCCUGAGGACAGAGCAUUUUCCCACAAUUUUCACCUUUCCUCCAUGUUCUUGCAAUGCCUCCUUUCUAUAUUCCCAAACGCCGACAAAACUUCCAAAUGUCUUCAUAACUUAAUGAGAGCAGAUUGUCCAUUUGUGUUAGGACGACAUUUGGGACUUUGGUUAAAAAUUUGAUUUGAAUGAAUGAAAUUCCAAUCUGAUCGCGGCUGCCUCUUGCAGCAGCUUAAUAGAUAGCUCCCUAAUUCCCAUGAUAUUUGGGAGCUAUCUACCAAAAGGCUGAAAGACCAAGAUUGGUCUUUCAGCCAACAGUACUAAUUAAUUAAUCGGCCUGUGGCUGCUAACUGUUGUAAAUAGUAGCAAACAUACUGCCCCCCUCCCCCCAAUAAAUGGCCCCAUGGUGGGUCAUCUCUUAACUAGCCUGGGGGGACAUCUCUUAACUAGCCUGAGUGGGGCGAAUUCAAGUAAACGGGUGGCAUAGGGCCCCCUUGGGCCCCCAACCAUGAGGAGCGGGUGGAGGUUUAAAUGAAAAUGGGGGAGGGACCUAUUACCCCCCCCCACCCAUGAGCGGCGAGUGGGGAAUCUAAAUGAAAAUGGGGGAGGGACCUAUUGUCCUUCCCCUCCCUACAGCCCCCACCCCUGAGUGGUGUUUGAGGAGGGCCCUAAAUUACAAUAAGGGGGGAGCCCCUUGUCACCCCUCGACACAAUAUUUUUUUAAUAAAUACCUACCCUACCCCCCUCACUCCAAAAAUAGUGAGGGGAACAAGAAAACUAAAUGCCUGUGAAUAAAAAAUAACUUGCCAUUUGAGGUCUUCUUUUUUCAGCCCCCAAAAAAGCCAAAUAAAAAGUAAUCAUACCCGUCGAACUUAUAAAAUAAAAAAUCAAACGAAAAAAAAAAAACACUAAAAAAAAAUAAUCCAUCUUCACCCAGCGAGGGCACCGCACAGACUGAGCUCGGUAGGGCAGGAAAAGGCUUAUAAAGUCUCUAAAUUUACCUGCCACAGAACUCUGGUUGGUUGGCUUGAAAUCCAACCAAUCAGAGUGCUCUGUCACUUUAUACAACGUGGAAAAGUUCUUUGGAAUUUUCCCAUGCUUUGUAAUUUGGCUCAUAACUUUGACUAUUAGGAGUCAAAUUACACAGCAUGGGAAAAUUCUAAAGAACUUUCCCACGCUAUGUAAAAUUACUCACAGCACUCUGGUUGUAUUUCAAGCUGAUGGAUUAUUAUUUUUUUUAUUUUUUAUUUUGCACUCAGGUUUUUUAUUUUAUUUGAUAAAUUUGAUGGGUAUUAUGGGUUUUUAUUUAGCUGAAAAAGAUUUUAGAAAAAAAGACCUCAAAUAGUAAGUUAUUUUUUUAUUUACAUGGAUUAGUUUUCUCGUUCCCCCUCACUAUUGUUAGGGUGAGGGGGGUAGGUAGGAAUUUAUGAAAUAUUUUUUGGUGGGGGGUGACUAGGGGCUUAAGGACACCUAGUCAGCUGGGGUUACAUUUAGCCCCCACUAUGCUCAUGGUUGGGGGGCCAGGAGGAAGGACAAUAGGUCUCCCCCUCCUACAUUUUCAUUUAGGGACCCAAACACCGCUCAUGGGGAUCCUAUGUCAUCCCAUUUACUUGAAUAGCCUCCACUCAUGGGGCAUUGUUAGGGGCUCGGGGGGGGGGCACUAUGUCCCUCCCCUGCUAGUUAAUAGAUGCCCCAUUUGUUAGAGGGGGGUUUACAACAGUGAGCAGCCACUUGCUGCUCACUGUUUAGUAGACAUGCCCCUACUCGUGACAUAGCAUGUAGGGGCAUUUGGGAGAUUUUAAUCUCCCUUAUGCUAAUAUCAUAUUGACCCCCAUAGAGUGAGGAAGGACAUGGUGUGCUUAGGAAGUGGUGGGGCGCACCGCUCCCUGCCGCUUCUAUUUUUACAUAUUACAAGGCGUGAGCUGCGAGCUGGUAGCUCCUUCCUUGUAAUAAACCAAACAAAUGAACUAAGAGGUCUUCGUUCAUUCAUUUGAAAUUUCUAUUCAUUUAUUCAUCUUUUUGACGAAUGAAUAGAUGAAAUUCCUGUGGCAAAUGCCCAAAUAUUUAACUGCACAGCACUAUCGAGGGUGGGCAGAUGACGUGUCCCACAGGGACUUCAUCUACCCACACAAAGAUUGCAGCGCCCAGGACCUAGGUCCGGGCACAAGAUAAAGAUGAAAAAAUAGAUAAGCUUGGGGGCUUAGGGACAUUUGGGGGUGACUAGGGGAACAAUUAGAUGUAGUGGAGUUAAAAACAAACAAACUGGAUUCGGCCAUGACCGUGCCGCUUUAAGAAGAUUAUGGAAGUUUCAGUCCAAAAUCAGACCAGACAGAGGUCAACUUUCCUGCUUUAUGUAGUGUCAGCCAUCAAAGCCAAAAUAAGAAUCUUAGCAGUUACUCAAUAAGGUCACAGUUGCUUAAAACCAUCUCUAUGGAAAAUAAAUAUGUCUAUAAAACAAUUUCUUUGUAACUGCUUGUGGUAUUGUAACUUUACAAAAAAGGUCCGUGCAGGCUUCAAGGAUCCUAAUGCCUGCUUUUUUAUGCAGCAUGUUCAACCUGUUAGGUGCCGAUAGCUUUUUCCUUUAUGUCCUCUACCAAUUUGUAGCACAAAUUGAAAUAUUGUAUUUUUGUGGUUUUUUUUUUUUUUUUUUUUUUGGCUUACUCUAAGUAUUCCAUUUUCUUCUUUCUAAUACUGUAUCAUUGAAAGGUUGCUCUCACUUUUAAUUGUUAUUAAUUAUUGAAGACUUAUUAUUAUUAUUUUUUUUUUUUACGAUUCCAGUAGAUUUCAUUACUACUCCAAAUUUUUUAAUUUACCAAACCAUCCUAUGGUUUAAAAAAAGUGCAACUUCCUUCCUGUAUGUUACCUCCACCAUUCAGAUUUUUAGAUAUUUAUGAAUAUAGCCAUUACUUUUUAAAGUCAUAUACUACUAGCCAGGCUUUAAAAUGUACUUGUCACUUCAAAGCAUAGCAGUGCAUUUCUACUCACCAGGGUAAAUUUUCACUUGUCAUUGGCUAGUGGAGAGAGGCAAAUUUUGAGCGUUUUUUUUUUUUUAGUUCUUUGUUUUGUUGUGGUUUUUUUUGUUUUUUGGGGGUGGAGGGGAAGGGGUUGAAAAGGAUUCCUCAUGAAUAUAUUCUCUUAAAAACUAGGAGCUCAAGAAAGGAACCAGUCUUCAAUGAUGACUUGGCAGCAUGUAUUACGUGUGGCACAGUUGUUGUGAAACCCAACGUCCGAGAAUUUACUGAAUCAUCCGCUAUAUUUGAAGAUGGGUCUGUAGUGGACAAUGUGGAUGUAGUUAUCUUUGCCACAGGUUACAGCUAUGCAUAUCCAUUCUUAGAUGACUCAAUUGUGAAGAACAAUAAAGAUAAGGUGUCUCUCUAUAAGGGUGUAUUUCCUCCAAAACUUGAACAACCUACACUCGCAGUAAUUGGAUUAGUCCAGUCUUUAGGGGGAAUCCCACCAACUGCUGAUGUACAGGCUCGUUGGGCUGUCAAUGUUAUUCAGGGUAAGUGGAUAGAUGCUAUUAAGAUUAAAUUGACAUGACUUAUCAAGCACACUCAGUUUAUCAAUUUGGAAUGCAAAUAAUUACAACUCCACAAGGUUCACAGCUAAUGAAAAAAAUGGCAAAAUAUCUUCGCACAGUGGUAGUGCCAUUUUUCAAAACACAUUUGCAAGAGUUGAUAAAGGCAUUCCUAAGAUGGAUAUGCCUAUAUAUAAAAUAUUAGAAUUGGGCACAGCGGAAAUAUUUGGUUUGCCUGAAUGCAUUUGGAAACCAUAAGGUAAUUAGUUUAGCUGAAAUUUGGACAGUAUUUUCAGUUCAGGAAUUUCAUUCAGGGGGUGUAAUUAGAUUAAUUUAUAAAAGUGCCAAUUUUUAUUAAAAUCUUCACUUUUUGGAAAAUGAAACAAUAGGACACACUCUUCACAUAUAAAGCAAUUCAUCAAGAUAAAGUGCUUUAAGGGUGCAGAGUGUCCCUUUAACAACUGCACACAACAUGCAUUUAGAUCCAUAGUCUCUACACUAAUUGUAUGUGUUUAAUUUUAAAUUGCAUAUACAGGUCAGAUCAAUUAAUCUUUGUGUGUUAUAAUUAUUUCCAGUUUGUUCAACUUACUUUCUAUUGUUGACAUUAACCUUGAAAAAAUUUUACAGGCAUUUGCAAACUACCCUCUAAAGAAACAAUGGUCAAGGAACUAGAUGAAGAGGAAAAUGAAAAAAAGAAUUGGUAUGCAAAACAUUUUUAAUUUUAUAAAACAUUUUUAAAAAUUAGAUUAACCAUGGUCCAAAUCCUCCUCUUCUACAAUAGAAGUGAUUGAAAUAAAUGAUUAUUGUGUUUGUUGGUGUUGGCAUGUCACAAUAAAACCAAUAUGCUACACUUAUUGAUAAAGCAAACUUGCAAAUGUUACACCUAGUUAAAUGUAUGCAAUCCAUUUCCUUCUAUUUACAUGUAUAAUUAGAAAACGUUAACACAUAUAUAUGAAUCAAUAAAAGAUAUUUUUGCAUGUAACCCCUUAAGGACACAUGACAUGUGUGACAUGUCAUUAUUCCCUUUUAUUCCAUAAGUUUGGUCCUUAAGAGGUUAAUACGACCAAUGAGUGUGCUCUUUUCUGGGAGAUAGAUAUAUAUAUAUAUAUAUAUAAUCUCUAUCAUACAAAACUACCAGCCCUCCAGGGUUCCAAAGAAAGAAACUUCUUUACUCAAAACAAUCUAAGAAUGUUGACGUUUCAGUUCAAAACAUGAACUUUCAUGAGAAUAAUCUGAAAUCAUAAAGUGAAAAACGAGCAUUAUAUAGGACAGAUAAUGAUUACUUACCUCUGCAGUUGAUUCAUUAGAUCAAAUUGCCGACUAAUCGCAGUGCGCGUGUGUAGACUCCACAGGAAACAUCCCCGUCAUCAAUGUGUUCUGGGUCCCCUCUAGCUGAUUGCAGGCAUGCUGCAUUACCCUGGAGAUCAGAAUGCUAUAUUCCUUUUGGUCUCCAGGACACCUGCCAGAGGUGCUUGGGGCUAAACCCCUCCUCCUUGAUGUCUCAUUCACUCACCCACCCCGUGUCUCAUUCCCAUGCCCAGGCCCCCCAUUUGUCUCAUCCCCUCGACCCCAAAGCCCCUCCAUGGGUCUCUUCCCUCUGCCCCUCCAUGUGUCCCAUUCCGUCUCCCCUCAACCCCUCUCUUUCCCAUACUCUUCCCAGCCUACUCCUUGUGUCCCAUUUCUCCCUCUCCUUCUCCCUGUGUCCAUUCCUACCUCUCCCCCACCCCCCACUCCACUCCAGGUGUCCCAUUUCUCCCUCUCCCCUCCCCCCAUCCUGUGUCCCAUUUCAUCCAACUCUCCACCUCCACCCUGUGUCCCAUCCCAUACCCUCCCUCACUCCUAUUUCUCCCUCUCUACCUACUCCCCUCCCUAUAUUCCAUUCCUUCCCCUCUCUCCCUGUGUCCCAUUCCUACCUCUCUCCCCCUCCCCUCCCUGUGUCCCAUUCCUACCUCUCUCCCCCUCCCCUCCCUGUGUCCCAUUCCUACCUCUCUCCCCAUCCCUCCUGUGUCCAUUCCUACCUCUCCCCAUCCCUCCUGUGUCCCAUUCUCUCUCCCCCCUCCCCCCUGUGUCCCAUUCCUCUCUCCCAUCCCCUCCUCCCCCACCUCUCUCCCCAUCCCUCCCUGUGUCCCAUUCCUACCUCUCUCCCCCUCCCUUCCAUGUGUCCCAUUGUUACCGCUAUCUCUCCCUCUCCCCUCCUCUCCUCUCCUCUCCUCCCUGUGUUCGAUUGUUACCUCUACACUCUCCCCUCCAUGUGUCCUAUUGUUCCCUCUCUUCCCCCCCUCCCCUCCCUGUGUCCCAUUGUUAUCUAUUUCCCCCUCCCCUCCAUCUGUCCCAUUGUUAUCUAUUUCCCCCUCCCCUCCAUCUGUCCCAUUGUUCCCUCUCUCCCCUUUCCCCAACCUGUAUCCUAUUCCUAUCUCUCUCCCUUCCAGGACCAGCAUUUCUCUGCCAAGGUUCCCGGUCUGUUAGACCGCUCAGCCACGCUACACAUGGGCAGGAGGGGUGCAGCACAGCACAGCUCUCCCCUCCUGCCAGCAUCGGGAACCUCAGACUGGGCCGGUGCAGCUGUUCCCUGGCCCAUAAGUUAUCCAGGCAGCCCACAGUUACAGGGUCGCAGCUUGCGGCUGGGUCCCCUGGAGUCAGGGGCCCAGUCGCAGCUGUGACCCCUGUGACCGUGGUAGGUACGCCACUGCGUGUGGCAUUGUGAGUCUCCAUAGCAACCAGGAUGCACUUGUCCAAUGGAUCUUAAGGAAACAGACAUACAGAGUGUAAAACAGGGUCACAAUUAAAGUAUAGAUUAUCCAAUACUACAGACUGGUUCCAAUAAAGUGUUAUGCCUAUAAAUAAUAAAAUAUUAACCCCUAAUGUACCAGUGUUCAGUGUAUGGAUAUGGAAAAUCUAAUUUAAUAUGCAAAGUUUGUGUGUGUAUGUAUAUGUGUGUGUGUGUGUAUAUAUAUAUAUAUAAUAUAUAAUUUUUAAAUUUUUUUUACCAGGAUGGAUACAUUGAGAUUUAUCUCGUUUUCAAGUAUUUCCUGGGUCCACAAAACAUUGCAUUGUUACAAUAGGAUACAUUAUUACAAAAAUACAAUAUACACACAUAUAUACAUUUAAUACAUAAUAGGUAAUACAUAUAUUCAACCAUGACAGGUGCAUUCUGUGCUGAGGUAUAUUGCCAUAGAUCUCUUAAAAGAUUUUAUAUUGAAUAAAGAUUUGACUGUGUACCUGAGGUUAUUCCAUAAUUGCGGUGCUCUGUGGAAAAUGAGGAUUAAGCCACUUUGUUUUUGUAUUGUGGUAUGCUAAAUAUCAUGGUAGUACUGGAUCGGAGGUUAUAGGAAGUGGGAAUAGCUGGGGAGAGCAGUCUACUCAGGUAGCGUGGGAGCUUCCCAGAAAUGCUCUUAUGCACAAGGUUGGAAAGGGCUUAGGCAGGAUUUGUUUCUGUACAGGGCACCUAGUUUCGGAUAAAGUCUAGAAGAGACUUUUUCCAAUAUGAAGGCCAAAGAAUAGGUUGAGGUCUAGCAACAUACCUAGAUAUUUAAAAGAGCAGACUGCUGUCAGUGUGCUAUUUGAAUUUGUUCUGAUACAUAGUUGUUAAUUUUGUAGUUUACGUAAUUUAGGUACAGUUCCAAAGAUCAUUGUAACAGUUAUGUCAGUGUUUAGGAAGAGUUUGUUAUCCGCUAUCCACUUUUCUACCUCGGUGAAUUGGUUUUGGAGCACAACCUCAAGUGUUGUGCCACAAGAGUUGUUUGUGUACAGUUGAGGAUUUGCAGACGUUAGGCAGAUCAUUUAUAAAGUGAAUAGCAGGGGGCCGAGUAUGGAGCCUUGGGGAACACCACACGUGACUGGAAGAGGGACGGAAGCGCUAUCAGAAAUGUCCACAUAUUGCCAUCGGUCUGAAACAUAUGAUUGAAAUAAGGUUAGCGGACGAUCGUCAAUGCCAAUGUUUUUAAGUUUUUGCAAAAGAAUGCCAUGGUCAACUGUGUCAAAGUUCUGGCAAAAUCAGGGAAAAUAGCUCCAGUUAAGUCUCCUUGUUCCAUGCCAAUUUGGAUGUCAUUGCAAACUUUUAAAAGUGGGUUGAGUGAUUUGGAUGAUAGCCUAAUUGAUCAGAGGUCAGAUAAUUUGAUUGUUGAUUAUAUAUACAUAGUUGAGUGUGGACGCAUUUUUUCAAGAUUUUUGACAAUACCGGGAACAAUAAUAUUGGGUGAGUUAGAUACCAAAGUAUUGUCACCAUUUUUAUGAAUAGGCACAAUUUUUGCAGUCUUCCAAAGUUUGGGUAUGUAUCUUGACACCAGGGAGUCAUUGAUAAGGGUAGUGUUGCAGUGUUUGGUUGUCCAUUUUGACAGUGGAGGGUUGGGAGUGGAUUGUGGGGCUUUGUAUGCUAUUUAUGACUUUCCAAAAGUUUCUUGGGUUUGAUAGGUUGUUGUUCAAAUUUUAACUGAAAUAUUGGGCCUUUGCCAUUUUUGUUUGCUUUUUUGCAUGACUUUCACCAUUGUCUGUGGAUACAGGGAUCGUUCAUGUUGCCAGUAUGCUUUAACUUUGACCACAGUAAAUCUCUAAACUGAUACAUUUAAAUGAGGUCAGCUGUAACCCAGGGCAGAUGUGUCCCUUUUUAGUCGUACUUUACGUAGGGGGCAUGCAAAUUCCAAACACGCAAGAGCUCGGACUGAAAAAAAUGCAAUUGCAGAGUCUAGAUCUGGGUUUAGACUUAAUCUGUGCCAUGGUAUGUUCUUGAGGUCAUUUAAAAAGGAUUCAAGAUUAAAUUUUUUUUGAAAGACCUGGUGAUUAUGAUCUUGGGAGGGGAUUUAGUGCCUUUAUUUUGCGUAUGCAGUACACUAGACUGUGGUCACUGAAACUGUUAGGGAGAAUGCCCACCUCCUGGAUUCUGUCAGGACAACUGGAGAGAAUCCAAUCUAGCAAUGUGUGGUUCUGGCUUUUAAUAUUAAUUUUGAGUUGGGGAGAAAAUGUAUUGUUAGCUGCAAAGUCUUAAACAGCGUACAUGAUUUGUUAUUUUUAGAAUUUAGCCAAUCCGUAUUAAAAUCUCCAAAAAACAACAGUUCACUUUUUUGGGUUUUGAGUUACAGUUUCACUAGGUAGUUGGGGGUUCAUUGGAGAGCUAGGUGGGCGGUAGAUUCCAGCAACAUGUAUAGAUUUACUGAAAGAGAUCUAAAUUGUGCCAGAAAGGAAAUCAGAGGCAGAAGGGGAGUUAUAGUUUUUCAAAGGAGUAAAUUGUAUGGACUUGUCAACAUAAAUAACAAUGCUCCCCCUCUCUUUGCUCUGUUGUUUCUAAAACUUGAAUACCCUUGUAUUGCAAUAUAUAUAUAAUUAUGUUCUAGUGUGCAUGUCAUUUAAUAUCUGCUCAGAAAGAAAAGUCUGAUUUUUCACAUGGUUUUAAACCACAUGUAGGAAAUAAACAUUUCAAAAGGGUCAGUGACCUUUUGUUCUACUGACUCAACUCAGUGACUCAUUUACUUGCCUUGUAUUUCAUGAUACUUAAACUAUUACUAAAGAAAAUAUUUUUUUUGUUUUUUAUUGGGGGUGCAUAUUUGGGAUUCGGAACUCUUCAGAUGUGAAAUUUAAAACAUUUAAGAGAUAAUAUACUUUUUUGAAAAUUUGUGCAUGGAAAUAUUUUUCAAAUCUUGAGUUAAAAUAAAAUGUAUAAUAUAAAGCAAUAUUAAGUAAAUUUGUUGUAGGGUCAGCUGCUUUCCUAAAUAUUUUCAUUUAUAAAAGUUUAGUAAAAUGUUGGAGUUGAGUUAAAAGCUCUAUAAAAUGUAUUUAUUACGUUUUUGUUUUUAUAAAUUUUACUUUCCUCAUUUCCAUUAGGUUUGGUCGGAGUGAAACACUGUCCACUGAUUAUGUUGCCUACAUGGAUGAACUGAGUUCUUUUAUAGGCUGUAAACCAAACCUACUUUUGCUUUUGCUUACUGAUCCCAAACUGGCUUGGCAAGUGUUCUUUGGGCCAUGUUGCCCCUACCAAUUUCGAUUGAAAGGUCCUGAGAAAUGGGAUGGUGCCAGAAAUGCAAUUUUAAAGCAGUGGGACAGAACAAUCAAAGCAACAAGAUUCCGCGAAGUGCCCUCUCAUACAGAAUAUUCCUACAUAAUCAAACUGCUUUUCAUACCUCUUCUGCUGGCAGUCUUCAUGGCAUGGCUUAACCUAUAGCACAACUACUUUUCACUACAUCACAAAUGAAUAAUUACUUUGCAUGGUGUGUUUUAAAAAUAAAUUUAAAAAAAUCAAUUUUAUUCACAAUUUUUUACUUUCGGUAGAGCCAACAUAUUAAUCUGAAAAAAAUUGUGCUCAUUUCAAUAUGAUUAUAUUGAAAAUGUGUCCUAAAUGCCACACAAACCCCAGGUAAAAUCACCAAUAAUACUUGAAAAAGGAAAAAGGAUUAUUUAAUAUCGUGUUUCCAGAAGACUGCAUUUUCACCUUCAGGCAAACCGUUUUUCUACUUGGAAUAAUUUUUUCUUUCCACAUUAGUUUCAAUAUAUCAUUCAAGUCUGGUCAACUCGGCUUACUAAUAAAUGGAUAUUCGGUCAAAUCAUGUUCAACACUACAUAGUAAGCCUUUGUGAGUUGAUCUUAAUUUCACAUAUAACUAAAUGGAAUAUUGAUGGAAACCAAGUGAACUUUUCAUUUUCUCAAGUUUAUUGUGAAUAUGCUGUAUUUAUCAUAUUAUAAGUAAUGUCACUUUAAAAAUCUAUUUCAUCCAAAUAAAGUUGUUUCCAGUUACA